UCUCGCAUUCAGUCUGCCGGCGCACCGCGUUGUGUGCACUACGCUCAAUAGUUUUAUCCGCCGAUCGGUUGCGUUCCGUUUGUGGCAAAGUGAAAGUUGCCGGGCUUUUUUGAUCAAUUUUACCCUGUGAAAAUUCCGAAAAACCAAACGCGCGCAAACCAAUCAAAAAGUGUUUAAAAGAAAAGCGUUAAAUAUUGUUAAGUAUAACAAUAAGUACAAAAUAUUCCAGUGUCUGUGAGUUUGCCAAAGUCGUCGCGCAGCGUGUGUGUGUGUGUGUCUUUCUGCGCUUUUGACGGCAAAUCGCUUUUGGCAGCUGCUUUGGCAGCAGCCAAGUAAGAAACAAGGCUUUUUUGCUGGCGUCGCUCUUCGUUGGCAGCUGUUGGCAGUAUGAACUGAUUUUGGCCGAAAGUUGAUGAAUAAAAUGCAAAAAUGAAAAUAUUUUUGCCACUAGUCACGUGGAUAGUGCUACUACUCUCGAGUGCAGUACAUUCACAAUAUUCACAACAACCGCAACCAUUCAAGACGAACUUGAGGGCGAAUAGUCGGUUUCGCGGCGAGGUCUUUUACCUAAACCUCGAGAAUGGCUACUUUGGCUGCCAAGUCAACGAGUCCACCGAAUAUUUGCAGCUAUUCAACCUAUCGAAACUAUGCGACGGCACCCAAGACUGUUUUCUGGGUGCCGAUGAGUUGAGCAAAGAGCUCAAAUGCACAAAUGACUGUGAUAAGGAUGGCACCCAGUGCACACAUGGCGCGUGUUUGAACGGCGUCUGCCAUUGCAAUGACGGCUACGGAGGCUGCAAUUGCGUGGACAAAGAUGAGAACGAAUGCAAACAGCGGCCGUGCGACGUGUUCGCCCAUUGCACAAAUACACUGGGCAGCUUUACGUGUACCUGCUUUCCGGGCUAUCGCGGCAAUGGCUUCCAUUGUGAAGACAUUGACGAAUGCCAAGAUCCCGCGAUAGCAGCGCGAUGCGUGGAGAACGCCGAGUGCUGUAACCUCCCGGCGCACUUCCUCUGCAAGUGCAAGGACGGCUACGAGGGCGACGGCGAGGUUCUCUGCACGGAUGUGGACGAAUGCCGCAAUCCGGAGAACUGCGGCCCCAACGCCCUGUGCAUCAAUACGCCGGGAAACUACACAUGCUCCUGUCCGGAGGGAUAUGUGGGCAACAAUCCGUUCCGGGAGGGUUGCCAGGAUGUGGACCAGUGCUCGUACCCGAAUGUCUGCGGACCCGGUGCCAUAUGUACGAAUCUCGAGGGUAGUUAUCGCUGCGACUGCCCGCCGGGAUACGACGGCGAUGGACGCUCGGAGUCCGGCUGCGUGGAUCAGGAUGAGUGCGCCCGGACGCCCUGCGGCCGGAACGCGGACUGUUUGAACACGGACGGCAGCUUCCGCUGCCUGUGUCCGGACGGAUACAGCGGUGAUCCUAUGCACGGCUGCGAGGAUGUCGAUGAAUGCGCCACUAACAAUCCAUGCGGUUUGGGUGCUGAAUGCGUGAACUUGGGCGGUAGCUUCCAGUGCCGCUGUCCCCUCGGCUUUGUGUUGGAGCACGAUCCGCACGCGGAUCAGUUGCCCCAGCCGAAUCCCCAACAAUUGGGCUACGGGCCGGGGGCGACGGACGUGGCGUCCUAUCAGCGGACCUCGGGCGCCGGUCUGGCGUGCCUGGAUAUCGACGAGUGCAACCAGCCGGAUGGCGUGGCCAAGUGCGGCACCAACGCCAAGUGCAUUAACUUUCCCGGCUCGUACCGCUGCCUGUGUCCGAGCGGAUUCCAAGGACAGGGCUAUUUGCACUGCGAGAACAUCAAUGAGUGUCAGGAUAAUCCGUGUGGGGAAAACGCGAUCUGCACGGACACCGUUGGCAGCUUCGUGUGCACCUGCAAACCGGACUAUACCGGUGAUCCGUUCCGCGGAUGUGUGGAUAUCGAUGAGUGUGCCGCUUUGGACAAACCAUGUGGACAACAUGCGGUAUGCGAAAAUACAGUUCCUGGCUACAAUUGCAAGUGCCCGCAGGGAUACGACGGGAAACCCGAUCCCAAGGUGGCCUGCGAACAGGUGGAUGUCAAUAUACUUUGCAGUAGUAACUUCGAUUGUACCAACAAUGCGGAGUGUAUCGAGAAUCAGUGCUUUUGCUUGGAUGGCUUCGAACCCAUUGGAUCAAGUUGUGUGGACAUCGAUGAGUGUCGCACCCAUACGGAGGUGUGUGGCCCCCAUGCCCAGUGCUUGAAUACUCCCGGAUCUUACGGUUGCGAAUGCGAGGCUGGAUAUGUGGGCAGUCCACCAAGGAUGGCCUGCAAGCAGCCGUGCGAGGAUGUACGGUGUGGAGCCCAUGCCUACUGCAAACCGGAUCAGAACGAAGCCUACUGUGUAUGCGAAGAUGGAUGGACCUACAACCCAAGCGAUGUUGCGGCCGGAUGUGUGGACAUUGAUGAGUGCGAUUUGCUGCAUGGACCUUUCGGAAGUUGUGGUCACAAUGCCACAUGCACAAACAACGCUGGAGGAUUUACGUGUGCCUGUCCACCCGGUUUCUCUGGAGAUCCUCAUACUAAGUGCGCGGAUGUGGAUGAGUGCCGCACGGGUGCCAGCAAAUGUGGAGCUGGAGCUGAGUGCGUGAAUGUAGCAGGUGGAGGAUACACCUGUCGCUGUCCCGAGAACACCAUUGCCGAUCCGGAUCCCAGUGUGAGAUGUGUACCCAUUGUGAGCUGCUCCUCCAACAAUGACUGCCCCGGUAACUCCAUCUGUGAUGCGACCAAGCGUUGCCUGUGCCCGGAACCUAAUAUUGGAAAUGACUGCCGACACCCUUGCGAAGCCCUAAAUUGUGGAGCACAUGCUCAGUGCAUGUUGGCCAAUGGACAGGCCCAGUGUCUGUGUGCUCCAGGAUAUACAGGAAACUCAGCUCUGCCGGGAGGCUGCAAUGAUAUCGACGAGUGCCGGGCUAAUCCCUGUGCGGAGAAGGCCAUAUGUUCCAAUACAGCUGGAGGCUAUCUGUGUCAAUGUCCAGGGGGAUCAAGUGGAGAUCCGUAUCGCGAAGGAUGCAUUACCUCUAAGAUGGAGGGUUGCUCGGAGGCCAGUCCUUGUGCGACGGGCGAGAGCUGCGUCCAAGAUUCCUACACCGGCAACAGUGUGUGCAUCUGUCAACAGGGCUACGAACGUAACCCGGGGAAUGGCCAGUGCCAGGAUGUCGAUGAGUGCUCUGUGCAGAGAGGAAAGCCUGCUUGCGGACUGAAUGCUUUGUGUAAGAACCUGCCCGGUAGCUACGAGUGCCGCUGUCCCCCGGGUCAUACCGGAAACCCAUUCCUCAUGUGCGAGAUCUGUAAUACGCCGGAAUGCCAAUGUCAGUCACCGUAUAAACUUGUCGGCAACAGCUGCGUCCUCUCAGGAUGCUCCAGUGGACAGGCCUGUCCCAGCGGAGCGGAGUGCAUCUCCAUUGCUGGAGGUGUCAGUUACUGUGCUUGUCCCAAGGGCUACCAAACCCAACCGGAUGGAAGCUGCGCAGACGUUGACGAGUGUGAGGAACGUGGAUCUCACCUGUGCGCAUUUGGAGCUCAGUGCAUUAACAAACCAGGUAGCUACAGUUGCCACUGCCCAGAAGGCUACCAAGGAGAUGCCUACAAUGGACUGUGUGCCCCGGCUCAGAGGAAAUGCGCUGCCGAUAAGGAAUGUGCCAGCAACGAGAAGUGCAUCCAGCCAGGAGAGUGCGUGUGCCCACCACCCUACUUCCUGGAUCCGCAGGAUAACAACAAAUGCAAGAGUCCCUGCGAACGCUUCCCUUGUGGUAUCAAUGCCAAAUGUACACCCUCGGAUCCACCGCAAUGUAUGUGCGAGGCUGGAUUCAAGGGAGAUCCCCUGCAGGGCUGCACGGAUGAGGACGAGUGCUCCCAUCUCCCGUGCGCCUAUCGAGCUCAUUGUGUGAACAAGAAGGGUGGAUAUCAGUGCGUUUGCCCUAAGGACUAUACAGGAGAUCCGUAUAAGAGCGGUUGCAUCAUUGAGAGCAGCACACCGAAGAGCAAGUGCCUGAGCAACGAUGAUUGCGCUAGUAAUCUGGCCUGCUUGGAGGGAACUUGCGUUAGUCCAUGCAGCAGUCUCCUUUGUGGAUCCAAUGCCUACUGCGAGACGGAACAGCAUGCCGGCUGGUGUCGCUGCCGGGUGGGAUUCGUGAAGAACGGAGACGGAGACUGUGUGUCACAGUGCCAGAAUGUGAUCUGCGGCGAUGGAGCUCUUUGCAUUCCCACCAGCGAGGGUCCGACCUGUAAGUGUCCGCAAGGACAGCUGGGCAAUCCCUUCCCCGGCGGCAGCUGCUCCACGGAUCAGUGCUCGGCCGCCAGACCUUGUGGCGAGCGACAGAUCUGCAUCAAUGGAAGGUGCAAGGAGCGCUGUGAGGGCGUGGUCUGUGGCAUCGGAGCCACCUGCGAUAGAAACAAUGGAAAGUGCAUCUGCGAACCGAACUUUGUGGGCAAUCCCGAUUUGAUAUGUAUGCCGCCCAUUGAGCAAGCCAAGUGCUCUCCAGGAUGCGGAGAGAACGCCCAUUGCGAAUAUGGCUUGGGCCAAAGCCGGUGCGCCUGUAACCCCGGUACCUUUGGAAAUCCCUACGAGGGCUGUGGAGCACAGAGCAAGAACGUGUGCCAGCCAAACAGUUGUGGACCCAAUGCCGAAUGCCGAGCUGUGGACAAUCACAUUAUCUGCCUCUGCCCGCAAGGCUUCAGUGGUAAUCCCUAUAUUGGCUGCCAGGAUGUGGAUGAAUGUGUCAACAAACCAUGUGGUCUUAAUGCCGCCUGUCUAAAUAGAGCCGGAGGAUUCGAGUGCCUGUGUCUCUCGGGACAUGCAGGAAAUCCAUAUAGUAGCUGUCAACCCAUUGAGAGCAAGUUCUGCCAGGAUGCGAAUAAGUGCCAGUGCAACGAGCGUGUGGAGUGUCCAGAUGGCUACAGCUGCCAGAAGGGCCAGUGCAAGAACCUCUGCUCCGAGGCGUCAUGUGGCCCAAGGGCCAUCUGCGAUGCUGGCAAAUGCAUCUGCCCCAUGGGUUACAUAGGAGAUCCGCACGACCAAGUCCAGGGAUGCAGCAUUCGUGGUCAGUGUGGUAACGACGCGGACUGCCGCCACUCUGAGAUCUGCUUCCAGUUGGGCAAGGGUCUUCGCAAGUGCGUGGACGCUUGCUCCAAGAUUCAGUGCGGACCAAACGCACUUUGCGUGGCUGAGGAUCAUCGAUCCUCUUGCAUAUGCUCCGAUGGAUACUUUGGCAACCCAAGCAACCUGCAGGUUGGCUGCCAGCCGGAGAGGACAGUGCCCGAGGAGCAGGAUAAAUGCAAAUCGGAUCGGGACUGCGAACGAGGUUUCGGUUGUCAGGCCAGCCCUCACGGCACCCGGGAGUGCAUCAACCUGUGCUCCAAUGUCGUGUGCGGCCCCAACGAGCUGUGCAAGAUUAACCCAGCUGGCCAUGCGAUUUGCAAUUGCGCCGAGAGCUAUGUUUGGAAUCCAGUGGUCUCUUCCUGCGAAAAGCCUUCGCUACCGGACUGCACCAGUGACGCUAAUUGCCCUGAUGCAUCCGCCUGUCGUCCGGAUGUCUUGGGUGUGCUUAAGUGCGUCGCCAUCUGCGAUGCCUUCACCUGCCCAGCCAAUUCCGUUUGCGUGGCUCGUCAGCACCAGGGACGCUGUGAUUGUCUUAGUGGCUUCGUGGGUAACCCGAACGAUAGGAAUGGUUGCCAGCCGGCACAGAAACAUCACUGCAAAAACCACGCCGAGUGCCAGGAGUCGGAGGCUUGCAUCAAGGAUGAGGCUACCCAAACCCUUGGCUGUCGUCCAGCCUGCGAAACCGUCAAGUGCGGACCCCGUGCCGUUUGCGUCACCAACAAUCAUCAGGCGCAGUGUCAAUGUCCACCUGGUCCGUUUGCCGGGGAUCCAUACGAUCCAUUUAAUGGCUGCCAGAGUGUUCCUUGUGUUUACAACCAUGACUGUCCACCCAGCCAGAUGUGCAACCGGAUGACACACACCUGCUUCGAUGUGUGCGACGAGGAGUCGUGCGGUGAAAAUGCCAUUUGCUUGGCUGAGGAUCAUCGGGCCGUUUGCCAGUGUCCACCUGGUUUCAAGGGAGAUCCGUUACCAGAAGUGGCCUGCAGCAAGCAAGGCGGCUGUGCUGCUGGAACCUGCCACCCCUCGGCAAUUUGUGAGGUCACCCCGGAGGGACCUGUCUGCAAGUGUCCGCCACUCUUUGUGGGCGAACCCAAGUCGGGCGGCUGUCGUCCAGAUGGUCAGUGCCCUAAUGGAGAUGCUGAUUGCCCUGCCAACACAAUCUGCGCUGGAGGAAGGUGCCAGAAUCCUUGCGACAACGCCUGCGGAUCGAAUGCCGAUUGUAAGGUGGUCAACAGAAAACCCGUCUGCAGCUGUCCCCUGCGAUUCCAGCCUGUUUCGGAUACGGCCAAGGAUGGAUGUGCUCGUACCAUAUCCAAUUGCCUCACUGACGUUGACUGCGGUGGAGCGUUGUGUUACAACGGACAAUGUCGCAUUGCCUGCAGAGACUCCCAGGAUUGCUCCGAUGGCGAGAGCUGCUUGAAGAACGUCUGCGUGGUGGCCUGUCUGGAUCACAGCCAGUGCGCCAAUGGUCUGGCCUGUGUCGAAGGACACUGCACCAUCGGCUGUCGCAGCAACAAGGAGUGCAAGCAAGAUCAAUCCUGCAUUGAAAACAAGUGCCUGAACCCCUGCCAAUCGUCCAGCAGCUGUGGUCCGAAUGCCCUGUGCAGCAUUGCCCAGCACCGGAGCCAGUGCAGCUGUCCUGAAGGAUUCGAGGGAAAUCCCACACCGGAACAGGGAUGCGUUCGAGUACCGGCUCCCUGCUUGGCCACCAACCAGUGCCCCAAUGGACACAUGUGCAUUGGCAACCAGUGCAAUCUGCCCUGCACCAAGACCUCUUCCUGUGCGGUAGGCGAACGUUGCUAUCAACAGGUGUGCCGCAAGGUGUGCUACACCAGCAACAACUGCUUGGCCGGAGAGAUCUGCAACACGGACAGGACGUGCCAACCAGGAUGUGAUUCCGAUGCUGAUUGCCCGCCCACCGAGCUGUGUCUGACCGGAAAGUGCAAGUGUGCCACUGGAUUUAUUGGCACCCCAUUCGGAUGCUCUGACAUCGAUGAGUGCACGGAACAGCCGUGCCAUGGCAGUGCCCGCUGUGAGAACCUUCCAGGAUCAUAUCGAUGCGUAUGCCCCGAAGGAACUGUCGGCGAUGGCUACUCCCAGCAGGGUUGCGCGCAACCCAGACAAUGCCACAAACCAGACGACUGUGCCAAUAAUCUGGCCUGCAUCCAUGGGAAGUGCUCGGAUCCCUGCCUGAAUACUGUUUGCGGGGCCAAUGCCCAUUGUCAAUCGGAGGGGCAUGAGGCUCUAUGUAGUUGUCCGGCUGGAUUUUUGGGCGACCCCAACGACACUGGAGUUGGUUGCUUCAAGGUGGAGUGCAUCGACCAUGUCGACUGUGCCGGAGAUCGUGCUUGCGAUGCGGAAACCAAUCGUUGCAUCAAGCCCUGCGACCUGACCAGCUGCGGAAAGGGUAAUUGCCAGGUUGAGGAUCACAAGGCAGUUUGUGCAUGCUACGAAGGCUAUCAGUUGGUCAACGGAAUAUGCGAGGACAUCAACGAGUGCCUAUCGCAGCCAUGCCACAGCACAGCCUUCUGCAACAAUUUGCCGGGAAGCUACAACUGUCAGUGCCCCGAAGGAUUGAUUGGAGAUCCUUUGCAAGCUGGGUGUCGGGAUCCCAACGAGUGUCUGAGUGAUGCAGAUUGUCCUUUCUCAGCCAGUUGCCAGAAUUCCCGAUGCCGUAGUCCCUGCGAAAGACAGAAUGCGUGCGGAUUGAAUGCCGAUUGCCAGGCUCAGUCUCACCAAGCUAUUUGCACUUGUCCCCUGAAUUCUCGCGGAGAUCCGACCAUUGAAUGUGUUCAUAUUGAGUGCUCGGACAAUGAUGACUGCUCCGGGGAGAAGGCCUGCCUGGACUCAAAGUGCAUCGAUCCCUGCUCACUGCCCAAUGCCUGUGGAGCCCAAGCUCGUUGCUCGGUGCAAAACCACAUCGGAUUGUGUUCCUGUGAAGCGGGCAGCACCGGAGAUGCCAAGUUGGGAUGCGUGCAGCUGCAAUACUGCCAGCAGGAUGGACAAUGUGCCCAGGGAAGCAUAUGUUCCCAUGGCAUUUGCAGUCCCCUGUGCAGCACCAAUCGCGAUUGCAUCUCGGAACAGUUGUGCUUGCAGGGCGUAUGUCAGGGAACGUGUAAAUCAAACUCCACGUGUCCGCAGUUCCAGUUCUGCUUGAAUAACAUUUGCACCAAGGAGCUGGAGUGCCGAGCUGAUGCAGAGUGUGGCGAGGAUGAAACCUGUCUAAGUGAUGCCUAUGGACGAGCAAAGUGUGAGUCCGUGUGCCUGGGUCGCGCUGCCUGUGGCAGGAAUGCCGAGUGUGUGGCCCGUUCCCAUGCUCCCGAUUGCCUCUGCAAGGAGGGAUUCUUCGGGGACGCCAAGUCCGGAUGCCGUAAGAUCGAGUGCAGCAGCGACGAUGAUUGUUCGAAUGACAAGAGCUGCGACAACCACAUGUGCAAGAUUGCCUGCCUCAUCGGACAACCGUGCGGAGAGAAUGCCCUCUGCACCACCGAGCAUCACCAGCAGGUGUGCCACUGCCAACCAGGAUUCAGUGGGGAUCCGCGGGUGCGUUGCGAUGUUAUAGACUUUUGCCGUGAUGCUCCGUGCGGACCCGGAGCUCGUUGCCGAAACGCGAGGGGGUCGUACAAGUGCACCUGUCCUCCGGGACUCGUUGGUGAUCCGUACAACGAGGGCUGUCGCAGCUCCGUCGAGUGCGAGACCAACGAGGACUGUCCCCCGCAUGCCGCAUGCACCAAAACAAAUGGGGUGGCCAAGUGCCGCGAUGUCUGUGCCCAGCUGCAAUGUGGCCCCAAUGCGGAAUGUGUUCCGAAGGGCCAUGUAGCGCAGUGUGCAUGCCGCAGCGGCUACGAUGGCCAACCCGCCGACCGGGUGGCCGGCUGUAAGCCGCUGCCCGUUCCCUGUCAGGUUACCGGCGACUGUCCGACCAACACCUACUGCUCGGAUAGCGUCUGCAAACCUGCUUGUGUACUGGACACCGAAUGUGGAGCAUCAGAGGUGUGUCAAGGUGGUCAAUGCUUCAAUCCCUGCCUGCAACCGCAGGCCUGUGGACAGAACGCCGAGUGCGUGAUCCAGAACCAUCUGAAACAGUGCCAUUGCCCGGAGGGCUUCACCGGUGACUCUGCCAAGGAGUGCGUGCGUGUGCCGGUGGCCUGCGAUGGUGAAUGUGGACCUGGAUACACCUGCCGUGACUCUAUGUGCCUACCUGUGUGCCACAACGACCUGGAGUGCGCCUCCAACGAGAAGUGCCUAAAGGGCAACUGCAUGCUGACCUGUCGUGUGGACAACGAUUGCUUCCUGGGUCACGUUUGCCUGCACAACAAGUGCGUCUACGGCUGCCAUGUGGAUGAUGACUGCAGUGCCUCAGAGUCCUGCCGCAAUGAUAAGUGCGUGAACCCGUGUCUGGAGAAUCCCUGUGGUCCCAAUGCCGCCUGUUCGGUGUCCAACCACCGGGCCAGCUGCAGCUGCAUGGAAAGCAUGGUGCCCAAUCCCACGCCCCAGGUGGGCUGCGUCCGUUCUCCCCCCUUGGAAUGCCGCGAGAAUCGCGACUGUGGAAAUGGAUUGGCCUGCUUCGAGUCGUUCUGCCGACCUCUGUGUGCCGAUGAUGCCGGUUGUCUGACCAACGAGCGCUGCCAGCAGGGAGUAUGCAAACCCCUGUGCCGCCACGACAAUGAGUGCGGUCAUGGAGAGCUCUGUCUGGGCCUGAAUUGUAUGCCUGGCUGCCGUUCCGAUCAGGGCUGCCCCCAGGACUUGUCCUGCGUGGGUCAACAGUGCGUGGAUCCAUGUGCCGAUCCAACUGCCUGUGGCACCAAUGCGCACUGCCAGACGAUCGAUCACAGGAAACAGUGCCAAUGCCCGGAGGGACUUGAUGGAAAUGCCAAUGUGGCCUGCAAAGUGCCGCGCGUUGCUUGUGGAAGAAACGAUGAUUGUCAAACAAAUCAGCUCUGCUACGCAGGCAGCUGCCAAGGAAAGUGCAGAAACGAUCAGAACUGCCUGGCAGAUGAGCGUUGCAUGAGGGGAACUUGUAGGACCGUAUGCAACACGGAUGAGGCAUGCGCCCAGGGACAAAUAUGCGAGAAUCGCAUGUGCCAGACUGGAUGUCGUACGGAUUUGAGUUGUGCCACCGACGAGGCCUGCGUGAACAAGAAGUGCCAGAACCCAUGUCGCACCCCGGGUCAAUGUGGACAGUGCGCUGACUGCCUGGUGGUUAAUCACGGAGUUCAAUGCCAGUGCCCCGCUGCCUUUAUGGGAGACGGUCUGACUGGCUGCCAACUGCCGCCUGAACGUUGUCAUCCCGGCUGCGAAUGCGAUGAGGACCAAGCCUAUUGUGCCACAAAGUGCUCAAGGACCGAGGACUGCGCCUGCGGACAACAGUGUGCCAGAGGAAAGUGCCGGAAUAAGUGCGGACCCAAGCGUCAAUGUACGGUUGGUCAGCUUUGCGAGCGAGGAGCUUGUAUCGCUGGAUGCAAGUCGAAUGGAGAUUGUGCUGCCGACCAAAGUUGUGUCAAUGGAAAGUGCUCGGAUCCAUGUGCGAACGACAAGGCUUGCGGAAGAAAUGCGCUCUGUACCGUGUCCGAACACCGGAUGCUCUGCUACUGCCCGGAUGGAUACGAGGGCGAGCCCAGUAAGGAGUGCGUGCAGUUUGAGUGCCGUGUGGACACCGAUUGCGACAGCAACAAGCGCUGCGACCAAGGAAAAUGCCGAAAUCCCUGUCUGGAGUAUGGAGCGUGUGGAACCAAUGCCCAGUGUCGGGUGGUGGGUCGCAAGGCUCAGUGCUCCUGCCCGCCGGACUUCUUCGGCAAUCCAACUAGCGAGUGCCGACCAUUGGAAGGAGGAUGCUCUAGCAAACCCUGUGGCGAUAACUCCAAGUGCACUGAGGUGCCCGGAGGCUAUGAGUGCGCCUGCAUGGAUGGGUGCAUUGGAGAUGCCCAUCAGGGAUGUCUCUGCGGAGGACCGCUAGUGAAUGCCUGCCACGAUCAGCCUUGUGGCUUGAACGCUGCAUGUCAUGUGCUGGACAACAACCAAGCCGAGUGCUACUGCCCGGAAGACUUCCCCAACGGAGAUGCUUAUGUGCAAUGUUAUUUGACUCUGCCAAAGCAGGAUUGUCGAACCCAAGGAUGUGAAGUGGGAGACUGUGUACGCCAGGGCUAUGAAUAUGUCUGUCAGCAGGACACCGAACAAUGCUACUCAGAUACGGAUUGUCCCAGUGAAAAGUCAUGCCUCCAAGGACACUGCAGCGAUCCUUGUACAAUGCGUGGCGUGUGUGGUUUGAAUGCGCUCUGCAAAACCGUACUUCAUCGUCCGCGCUGCUCCUGCCCCAGUUGUCACAUCGGUCGGCCGGAGGUCGAGUGCAAGCCCGAUCCCAAGUGCCUGCCGGACGACACGGAUGCCAAGACCAAGGAGCAGAUUCCAUGUUCCGCAGACUCCGAGUGCCCGGAGACAUUGCAGUGCGGACAGUACGGCCAAUGCACAGAUCCGUGCAACAAUCCGCUAUUUAUCUGCGAGAGCAACAAGAAGUGCGAGACGCGACGUCACCAGCCGGUCUGUAUCUGCAAGUCUGGUUUCAUAGUGAAUGAAUACGGGGAACUGACGUGUGCCCCCGACAAGAGGGAGUGCUAUCGCGAUGACGACUGUGCCUCGAAUAUGGCCUGCACGGAUGGCAAGUGCCGUAACCCGUGCAUCGUUCCUUUGGGCCGUGCCGCAAUUUGUGCAGAAAACAAAUCCUGCGAGGUACAGAACCACAAGCCCGUUUGCAUUUGCAUGCGCGACUGCCAGCCAUCAAUAUCUAUUUGCCUGCGCGACGCCGGCUGUCCGGCUAGCCAGGCAUGCCGGAAGCUUAAGUGCAUCGAUCCGUGCGAGUUUGCCACGUGCGCACCCAACUCGCCAUGCAUUGUCGAGGAUCACAAGCCGAUAUGUAAAUUCUGCCCAGCUGGAUUUAUAGCCGAUGCCAAGAAUGGAUGUCAAAAAGAAAUCGGUUGCGCAUCGAGUGAGGAGUGCCCCUCCCUGCAGGCGUGCAUCAAUGCUCUUUGCGUGGAUCCUUGUACCUACAACAAUCCCUGCAGCCGUAAUGAGGAUUGCCGUGUUCUUAACCAUCAGCCAUUGUGCUCAGCCGAACAUGGUCGUACGCCUGGCUGCGAACAUUGUCCACCGGGCGCAAACUGUGAUCCCACAACCGGUGCUUGUAUAAAGGCUAAUGUAACAAUAACAACUAUUACUACCAAGAACUCCACAACUACCAAGAUACCAACGAAACCAAGAACAACAGCUAACCCAAACACAGGCGUCAAAACGACGCCGACUACCACAAAGGCCACCACAAGAACCACCACCACGACCACAACCACUACUACCACUUCCUCCACUAGCAUUGAAUCGAGCACAAUCACAAGCGCUACUAACCAGACCAGUAAGAAUCAAAAACCAGACACAGAAAGCACCACCUCCCACACCGAUGCCACAAGGCGAUAUCGCGAUGGUGAGAACAAUAUCACCGAUACGCCAACUCCAAGGCCGACAAUCCAGACGACCACGUUGCGGGGCGAAGAUAUUAUUAGUGACAGUCAGAGGCGGUCCACUACAACGCCUAAGAUGAAGACCACGCGGCUGGAUACUUCCAACGAAGUUCCAGACACCACAACGGCAUGGCCAAUAGAGUUGCCUACCACGGCGGGCACCACCACGGAGGUCUACAGCACCAACACCAUGAUUGCCCCACUGGGCAACACCACUGACAUCUCAUUAAUUAACCCAUGUACAGUAGAUACUAACUGUGCCCCUAACGAGCACUGUAAGCUGGGGCAUUGCCGUAAGAAAGAACCGCCGGGUUCACCGAAAACACCUGAACCCUGCCAAUCUAACAACGACUGCAUUGAGAGCGAGGCCUGUUACAUGGGUCUGUGCCAGGAUCCGUGCGAGUUUGCCAAGAUUUGUGCCGCAAGUGCCAAGUGUACGGCCAAGAGUCAUCGACCAGUUUGCACCUGUCCGCAGGGUCAUGAGGGCAAUCCGAUGGUCAAAUGUGUAACAACCCAAACCUCAAUUGAAUGCACAGAAAACUCGGACUGCGGAGUCACAGAAGCAUGCAUCAAUCAGCUCUGCCAGCAUCCAUGCGAUGUCCAUGAUCCUUGUGCCACAAACGCCGUUUGCGUUAACAGCAACCAUGCAGCCGAUUGCAGCUGUGCGGAUGGCUUCCAGGGAAAUGGAUUUGUUGGCUGUCAGCCAGCACGUCCCAAUGUCUGCCAAUACAACGAGGACUGUCCGCCGACGAAGCUCUGCGAUCGCCUGAACCGGCGCUGUAUUAAUCCCUGCCAAGAGGACUCUUGUGGCGAGAAUGCCGAGUGCAUUCCCGUGAACCACGGAACUGAUUGUCGCUGCCUGCCCGGAUUCCUGGGCAACGCUUAUGUGCAAUGUCUUCCUAGUCAAGGUUGCCGUGCCGAUUCCGAGUGUGAUUCGAAUCAGGCCUGCAUCAACGGAAAGUGCUCAUCGCCCUGCCAGUGUGGAUCCUUUGCUCUCUGCGAUGUGAUCAACCAUCGUGGGGUGUGCAAGUGCCCGCCUGGCUACAAUGGAAACCCUCAGGUGGGUUGCAGUCCGCCCCAAGACCCAUGCGAUCCCAAUCCAUGUGGCUUAAAUGCCCUGUGCGAGCUGGACAAUGGCAACCCCAUCUGCUACUGCCCCAAGGGUCUUACCGGAAAUCCAUUUAAAAAUUGCAUUCCGGAGGGAGAUGAGUGCACACCGAAUCCCUGCGGUCCCAAUUCCGGAUGCCGUCGUGUGGAUGGCAACCCGAUUUGUUUCUGCCUGCCGGAGUACGAGGGACAGCCGCCAUCGAUUCCCUGCGAGCUACCUUCGAAUCCCUGCGAUCCGUCGCCUUGCGGACCGAAUACCCAGUGCUCCGUACUCAGCAACGGUUUCUCCAAAUGCACCUGUCUGCCGAACUAUGUGGAGAGUCCGAACACCAUUCGAGGCUGUGUCGAACCCAUUAACCCAUGUGACCCCAACCCCUGUGGAACUGGUGCCAUCUGCGAUUCAUCACGUCAGCCCGUGUGCUACUGUCCGGACAACAAGAUUGGUAAUCCUUUCAGGCUGUGCGACAAGCCAGCCGUUACCAUUGAGCUUUGCCAACCAGGACCAUGUGGCCGAAAUGCUGAUUGCUAUGUGGCUGGAAAUCGCGAGGAGUGCUACUGCCGCUCUGGAUAUGUGGGAGACGCCUAUCAAGGAUGCCGUGAACCAAGUCGCACCGUUUGCGAUCCCAAUCCUUGCGGACCUAAUGCCAACUGCGUGGUGGCCGGCGAUGGACAAACCGCUUGUGUUUGUCCGGACGGCCUGUCCGGCGAUCCCACAUCCCUUAUUGGCUGCCACGGCUACGAGUGCCAAGUGGAUGUUGAUUGCCCGAACAACAAGGCCUGUAUGGGCUACCGUUGUUACGAUCCCUGUCCGGGAGCCUGUGGCCAAGGAGCUCACUGCCGGGUGGAAGAACAUCACCCAGUUUGCUCUUGUAAUUCGGGAUUGACCGGUAACCCAGGAGUACGCUGCUAUGCACUGGACCAUCCCAAAAAGAAUCCUUGUGUUCCCAGCCCGUGUGGCCGGAAUAGCGAGUGUAAGCUGUUAAAUAACCGUGCUGUUUGCUCGUGCAUUCCCGGUUACCUGGGUGAUCCUCAGUCGGGAUGCCAGCCAGAGUGUGACAUCAACUCCGAUUGCGGUGACACCUUGUCGUGCAUCAACCACAAGUGCGUGGAUCCCUGUGCCGGAGCCAUUUGUGGCAUUAAUGCCAUCUGUAAUGUACGCCAGCACACGCCAGUAUGUCUUUGCUUGGACGGAUUCGUCGGCGAUGCCUUUUUGCAGUGCGUGGCUAUUGGAAUACUGAAGAACGUGUCGAGGGAUCCAUGUGCCCCUUCGCCCUGUGGUCCUCAAGACGUUUGCUCGGUGUUCGGCGAUGGAGUUGCCCUUUGCGAUCCUUGCUUCGGACCCAAUGCCCAACAGAAUCCCCGCUGUCGACCGGAGUGUGUGGCCAACUCGGACUGUCCAUUUGAUCGCGCCUGUUUGGGACAACGCUGUCUAGAUCCAUGCCCCGGAUCCUGCGGACGGAAUGCUGUGUGCAAUGUUUACGAGCAUAACCCUGUCUGCGCUUGUCCCACGGGACUCUUUGGAAACCCCUACGAACAGUGUACCACACAGUCGGUAAUUGAGCCACCACCACAACCAAGCUGCGCCAAGCUUCAUUGCGGUGCCAACGCGGAGUGCAAACGUCAGCACAACGGUCUGGCCUGCGUCUGUCGUAAAGGUUACUUUGGAGAACCGCAUAUCGGCUGCCGGCCAGAGUGCGUCCUAAAUAGUGACUGCCCUGCGGAGAAGGCUUGCCUCAAUUCCAAGUGCGUGGAGGCUUGUAACGGAGUGUGUGGCAUCAAUGCCGUAUGUCGUGUGGUUAACCAUGCACCGGUUUGCAUCUGCGCCGAGGGAUUCAGUGGAGAUGCCUUCAUUGCCUGUAAUCCAUUCUACCUGCCACCUCCAGUACGACCAAAUCCGUGCGAGCCAUCGCCCUGUGGACCGAAUUCCCGUUGCAAGGCCACCCCUGAUGGCUAUGCAACAUGUUCCUGCCUGCCGAACUUCAAGGGAGCUCCACCAGUCUGCCAGCCGGAGUGCGUGGUUAGCUCGGAGUGUGCUCCCAACCAGGCCUGUUUGAAUCAGAGGUGCGCCGAUCCCUGUCCGGGUAUCUGCGGUGGUGGAGCCCGCUGCGAAGUGCUUAACCACAACCCAAUUUGCUCUUGUGAGCAAAAUUUCGAGGGCGAUCCAUUCGUGGCGUGCUCACCCAUUCAGGAUCCAGGUCGCGAAAUUGCUGUGCCAAAGAACCCAUGCGUGCCAUCGCCUUGUGGACCCAACUCCAUCUGCCAGAUCAAACAAAACCGACCAGUCUGCUCGUGUGUGGCCAAUUACAUUGGCAGCCCACCGUAUUGCCGGCCGGAGUGCACUCUGAGCAGCGAGUGUCCGUCGGACAAGGCCUGCAUCCAGGAGAAGUGUCAGAAUCCGUGUGCCAACAUAUGUGGACACAAUGCCCGUUGUACGGUCAUCGCCCACUCCGCCCACUGCAGUUGCGAUGAGGACUUCGAGGGUGAUGCUUUUAUCGGCUGCUCCAAGAAAAACACACCCAAACCCGAAGACCACAUAGAUCCCUGCUACCCUAAUCCGUGUGCAGAGAACGCUGUAUGCACGCCUCACAAUAAUGCCGCUCGCUGUUCCUGCAUUGAGCCCUACAAUGGCGAUCCUUACAACACUGGAUGUCGUCCGGAAUGUAUCUACAGCUCGGAGUGUCCCUCGUCGUUGGCCUGCAUCAAGCAGCACUGUCGCGAUCCUUGCACGGCAGCUUGUGGAGCGAAUGCGGAGUGCGCGGUCGUAAACCACUUGCCCUCCUGCAGUUGUACCCGAGGAUUUGAGGGUAAUCCAUUCGAAGGAUGCAAGCGAAUUGCGAUUACGAGACCAGUGGGCGUUUGUGAGCCAAAUCCCUGUGGACCUAACAGCUUAUGUCGCACCGUCGAGGGACAUCCCACGUGCAGUUGUCAGGUUGGAUACUUUGGAGCCCCGCCUCAGUGCAGACCCGAAUGUGUGGUCAGCUCGGAGUGCGCCCAAAAUCUUGCCUGCAUCAAUCAAAAGUGUACGGAUCCAUGUGCCGAGACUUGCGGAUUCAAUGCCAAAUGUCAAGUGAACAAUCACAACCCCAUCUGCUCCUGUCCAGCCAAUUAUGUUGGCGAUCCGUUUGAACAAUGUGUGCCAAAACCAUCAGAACCGCCUCGCAAUGUGGAUCCCUGUCUGCCCAGCCCAUGUGGCUCCAACUCCAUUUGUCGCAAUGUUAACAAUAGAGCGGAGUGCUCUUGUGCCCCUGGAAUGUUCGGGGCCCCGCCCAACUGUCGACCGGAGUGUGUGAUUAACCAGGAUUGCCCUUCGAAUCGGGCUUGUAUACGUCAGCGAUGCGAAGAUCCUUGUAUCGGCAUUUGCGGAUUUAAUGCCGUGUGUUCCACUCAGCAUCACCAGCCGAAGUGCAGUUGCAUUGAGAGCUUCGAGGGUGAUCCGUACACCGCCUGCAGAAUGCGUGAGAUCGUGGUGCCAGAUCCACCCUCCGACCCAUGCUACCCAUCGCCAUGUGGUGCGAAUGCCAUUUGUCGCGUACGCAAUGGAGCCGGCUCCUGUACCUGCAUCCAAAACUAUUUCGGUGACCCGUACAUCAACUGCCGCCCGGAGUGCGUGCAGAAUAGCGACUGUCCCGGCAGCCGGGCCUGUAUUAACAUGAAGUGCCGCGAUCCCUGUGCCAAUGCCUGCGGAUUCAAUGCCAUCUGUCGGGUGGCCCACCAUCAGCCUGUGUGCAGUUGUGAACCGGACUUCACCGGCAAUCCACUGCGCGCUUGCGUCGAAAGACCCUCAAAUAUGUACCUGCCCCUGCCCAAAGACCCUUGUAGACCCUCGCCUUGUGGCCUGUUCAGUACUUGUCAUGUGGUUGGAGAUCGUCCCGUGUGUGCCUGCUUGCCAGACUACAUGGGCGCUCCACCCAACUGCAAGCCCGAGUGCAUGACCAGUGCCGAGUGUCCCUCGGAUAGGGCCUGUAUAAACCAACGUUGCAAAGAUCCCUGUCCCGGAACAUGCGGCUACAAUGCCCGCUGUCGCUGCACCAAUCACUCGCCAAUAUGCAGUUGCUACGAUGGGUACACCGGGGAUCCGUUCCACCAGUGCGUGCCUGAAAGAAAACCACCGCCAAUAGCAGAUCCCGUUGUACCGCCCAAUCCUUGUGUGCCAUCACCUUGUGGACCCAACUCCCAGUGUCAAGUUUCGAGCAGCGGAGCAGUCUGCUCCUGCGUAACCAAUUACAUAGGACGACCGCCUAGUUGUCGGCCAGAGUGCAGCAUCAAUUCCGAGUGCCCGGCCAGAAUGGCCUGCGUCAAUGCUCGUUGUGCCGAUCCUUGUAUCGGAUCAUGUGGAAAUAACGCACUCUGCCAUGUCAGUCUUCAUGCACCGGUUUGCAUGUGCGAGCCUGGUUUCUCCGGCGAUCCGUUCUCCGGCUGCUACAAGAUCAUAGAGACCCCCGUUGAAGUGAUCCAACCCUGCCGUCCCAGUCCUUGCGGUUUGAAUGCCCUGUGCGAGGAGCGGAAUCAAGCCGCCGCAUGCAAAUGUCUGCCGGAAUACUUUGGCGAUCCGUAUGUCGAGUGUCGCCCCGAGUGCGUCAUUAACUCGGACUGUCCAAGGUCGCGCGCCUGCGUCAACCAGAAGUGCGUGGAUCCAUGUCCGGGAAUGUGCGGUCACAGCGCCCAAUGUGCCGUCUUUAACCACGCCCCCAACUGCGAGUGCCUGCCUGGUUACACGGGUAACCCCAUCGUUGGUUGCCACCUCGUCCCUGAGAUUCCGCGUUAUCCCGACCCCAUAGUGCCCGAUAACCCUUGCCAACCGUCGCCCUGCGGGCUGUACAGCAACUGUCGCUCCGUUAAUGGCCACGCAGUCUGUUCUUGUGUGCCCAACUAUAUCGGUUCCCCUCCCAACUGCCGGCCUGAGUGCAUGAGCAGCUCGGAGUGCGCGCAGGACAAGUCGUGCCUCAACGAGCGCUGCAAGGAUCCCUGCCCAGGCACCUGCGGCAACAACGCGCUCUGCCGCGUCGUCAACCACAACCCCAUCUGCUCCUGCAGUCCCGGCUUCAGCGGUGAUCCAUUCGUGCGCUGCUUCCCUCAAGAGAUAGAGCGGCCGCCCAUCACCCACGAUCGAAUCGAUCCGUGUGUGCCAACGCCAUGCGGGCCCAACUCUCAGUGCCGGGUGUCGGCUGCUAGUGAGCAGGCUGUCUGCUCAUGCUUGCAGCAUUACGUGGGUAGGGCGCCGAACUGCCGGCCGGAGUGCACCUCGGACUCCGAGUGCCCCGGCAAUUCGGCCUGCAUCAAUCUGCGCUGCCAGGAUCCGUGUGUCGGUACCUGCGGCAUCCAGACCACUUGCCUUGUAAAUAAUCAUAGACCCAUUUGCCGCUGCAUUGAGGGUUAUGCAGGGGACCCAUUCUCAGAGUGUAGUCCGAAGAUUAUUGUCCCUGUUGAGGUGGCACAGCCCUGCAACCCGAGUCCCUGCGGAGCCAAUGCGGUGUGCAAGGAACGCAAUGGGGUAGGAUCCUGCUCCUGCCUGCCGGAGUACAAUGGAGACCCGUACACCGAAUGCCGCCCAGAGUGCGUGCUGAAUAGUGAAUGCUCGAAGAACCGUGCCUGCCUCAACAACAAGUGCCGCGAUCCCUGUCCGGGUGUAUGUGGCGUCUCCGCCGAGUGUCAUGUGAUUAACCACGCCCCCAGCUGCAGUUGCCCAUCCGGAUUCACUGGCAAUCCCUCUCAAUACUGCCGGGAGAUACCAAGAUUGCCCGCACCCGUUGAACCUUGUCGUCCCUCGCCCUGCGGUCCCUACAGUCAGUGCCGUGAGGUGAACGGACAUGCGGUCUGCUCCUGCGUUACCAAUUAUAUUGGCACACCACCCGCCUGUCGUCCGGAGUGCUCGGUCAGUUCCGAGUGUGCUCAGGACAGGGCGUGUGUGAAUCAGCGCUGUGUGGACCCGUGUCCGGGAACUUGUGGCAACGAGGCCAUUUGCAAGGUGACCAACCACAACCCGAUCUGCUCCUGCCCAGCCGGCUUUAGCGGCGAUCCUUUUGUGCGCUGUGCGCCGUGGCAGGAGGAACCGGAGCAGCCCAAGUCCAAUGAAAAUCCCUGCGUGCCCAGUCCCUGCGGCCGUAAUUCCCAGUGUCGUGUCGUGGGUGAGACGGGGGUGUGCUCCUGCCUGCCGAAUUUCGUGGGCAGAGCUCCCAAUUGUCGACCAGAGUGCACACUCAACACCGAGUGUCCUGCCACCUUGGCCUGUGUCAAUGAACGCUGUCAGGAUCCCUGUCCGGGAUCGUGUGGCUUCAAUGCCUACUGCAGUGUGGUGAAUCACUCUCCCGUCUGCUCCUGCGAUAAUGGUUACACUGGUGAUCCUUUCGCCGGCUGCAAUCCGCAACCUCCUACCAUACCCGAUGAGCGUCUGACUCCCUGCCAACCCUCGCCUUGUGGCCCGAAUGCCGAGUGCCGUGAGCGCAACGGAGCCGGUUCCUGUACGUGUCUGCCGGAGUACUUCGGUGAUCCGUACAGUGGCUGCCGUCCGGAGUGCGUGGUGAACAGUGAUUGCUCGCGCGACAAAUCGUGUGUCAACCAGAAAUGCGUGGACCCGUGUCCAGGUGUUUGUGGUUUGAAUGCCCAGUGUCGUGUGUCUAAUCAUCUGCCCAGCUGCUCUUGUUUGGCUGGCUACACUGGAAAUCCAUCGAGCGCUUGCCGUGAAAUUCCCCAAUUGCCUCCACCACCCGAACGGGAUGAGAACCCCUGUAGACCCCCGCCAUGCGGCGCCUACAGCCAGUGCCGCGAGGUCAACGGCCAUGCCGUGUGCUCGUGCCUACAGGGCUUCAUUGGCUCAGCCCCCAACUGCCGACCCGAGUGCAUCAUUAGCUCAGAUUGCGCCCAAGAUCUCAACUGUCAGAAUCAGAAGUGUGUGGACCCGUGUCCUGGUACUUGCGGCAUUGAGGCCCGCUGUCAGGUCAUAAACCACUAUCCCGCAUGCUCCUGUGCCCCAGGUUUUACCGGAGAUCCCUUCAACCGGUGCACUAAGAUAUUGUUGGAGCCCCCACCCACUGAAAAGUCCGGUAAUCCCUGCAUCCCCUCACCGUGCGGACCCAACUCGAAAUGCCUCGAUGUCCGCGGUUCGCCUGCAUGCUCCUGUUUGCCCGACUACCUGGGACGUCCACCCAACUGUCGGCCCGAGUGCCUCAGUAGUGCCGACUGUCCGGCCAAUCUGGCCUGUGUGAAUCAGCGCUGCUCAAAUCCAUGCAUCGGUGCCUGUGGCCUGCACUCCGUGUGCACGGUCAUCAAGCACCGACCGACAUGCGAAUGUGUGCCUGGUUACACCGGAGAUCCCUUCUCCGGCUGUGCGAUCGUGCAGCAAAUUCCUGCCAUUGAUGAACCGAGAAAUCCCUGCAAUCCCAGCCCCUGUGGAGCAAAUGCUGUCUGUCGGGAGCGCAAUGGAGCUGGCUCCUGCGCCUGCCUGCCGGAGUACUUUGGUGAUCCGUAUAGUGGCUGCCGGCCGGAAUGUGUCCAGAAUGACGACUGCGAACGAUCGCGUGCCUGCAUUAACAACAAGUGCCAGGACCCAUGUCCCGGAGCCUGCGGUAUCAAUGCCGAGUGCAGGGUCCUGAAUCACGGACCCAAUUGCAACUGCUUCGAAGGCUAUACCGGAGAUCCACAUCGCUCGUGCUCACUGAUUGAGGUGGUUACCAGACGACCAGAUAAUCCAUGCCAGCCAUCACCCUGUGGUCCUUACAGUCAGUGCUUGGACACCAACAGUCAUGCGGUGUGCAGCUGCCUGGAGGGCUACAUUGGAGCUCCGCCUAGUUGCAAACCUGAGUGCGUGGUCAGUUCAGAGUGCCCCCAAAACAGGGCUUGCAUCAACCAGAAGUGCGAAGAUCCGUGCCGCGGAUCUUGCGGUAAUAAUGCCAAGUGCCAAGUGGUGAACCACAAUCCAAUCUGUACAUGCCAGGCCGGCAUGACUGGAGAUCCCAUCUCGGGAUGUGAGCCCACUCCCACUGUCAAGGACGUGGACGACAACCCUUGUGUACCGUCACCAUGUGGACCCAACUCUAUAUGCCGUCAGAUUGGCAACCAGGCUGCUUGUUCUUGCAAGACUAGCUUUAUUGGACGUCCGCCCAACUGCCGACCGGAAUGUACUAACAACGACGAGUGCCAAAACCAUCUGUCCUGCCAGCAGGAGCUUUGCGUCGAUCCAUGUCCCGGUUCGUGUGGUAGCAAUGCCAUUUGCCAGGUGGUUCAGCAUAAUGCUGUUUGCUCCUGCGCCGAUGGCUACGAGGGUGAGCCGCUCUUUGGCUGCCAGCUAAUCCCAGCUGUGACACCAACCGAGUCACCAAACUCUCCUUGCGAACCAUCGCCUUGCGGCCCGCAUGCCGAGUGUCGGGAGAGGAAUGGAGCUGGCGCCUGUUACUGCCACGAAGGAUUCGAGGGUAAUCCGUAUGAUGCUCAACGAGGUUGCCGUCGAGAAUGCGAGAAUAACGAUGAAUGCUCCGCUGUCCAAGCCUGCUCUCGAUUCAAGUGCGUUGAUCCCUGCAACAACAUCUGCGGCGACUAUGCCAUUUGCACAGUUGACAAACAUGUGCCCACUUGCGACUGCCCGCCGGGUUACACUGGGGAUCCAUUCUUCAGCUGCAAGCCAGUGCCGGUUACCCCGCGACCACCUCUGAACCCAUGUAAUCCUUCGCCCUGUGGACCCAACAGCAACUGUCGUGCUAUGAAUAACCAGGCUGUGUGCUCUUGCCAGGCAGGAUUUGUUAACCAGCCGCCCAACUGCAAACCCGAGUGCGUGGUCAGCGCCGAGUGUGCUCCGGAAAGGGCCUGUGUGAACAAGAAGUGCGUGGAUCCUUGUCUGCACACCUGCGGCAUCCGAGCCAUAUGCACCACCAAGAACCACAGCCCCAUUUGCACGUGUCCACGUACGAUGACCGGAGAUCCAUUUGUCGAGUGCACUAAAGUUGCAAUCACCCAUGACGUGACUACACCGUCGCCGGCACCCGCAUCAUGUGUGCCAUCUCCUUGUGGACCCAACGCCAAGUGCCAGAUUGUGGGCAACAGUCCAGCCUGCUCCUGCCUGCCAAACUUCAUUGGAGCACCACCUCGCUGUCGCCCGGAGUGCGUGUUGAAUUCUGAAUGUGGACCCACGGAGGCGUGUAUCAACCAGAAGUGCGCCGAUCCCUGCUCUGGAUCUUGCGGAUUCGAGGCUAAGUGCCAUGUGCUUAACCAUCUGCCCAUUUGCAACUGCAUCGAGGGCUUCGAGGGAGAUCCGUUCGUGCGCUGUACCAAGAAGGAAACAGAGAAAACGCAAACUGUGAACGAUCCAUGCAACCCGAACCCGUGUGGACAAAACGCAGACUGUUUUGCCGGAGAGUGUCGCUGUCAGAAUAAUUACCAAGGAAAUGCCUACGAAGGCUGUCGUCCAGAGUGUACACUCUCGGCGGAUUGUCCCAGGGACAAGGCCUGUAUGCGCAAUCGCUGUGUGGAUCCCUGCCCGGGCAUCUGCGGCAACAAUGCCAUGUGCGAGGUGAUGAACCACAUUCCAGUGUGCUCAUGCUUCCAGGGCUACGAGGGUGAUCCGUUCGUUAAUUGCCGUGUGAAACCUGUCGUGGAGGACCCCAUAAUUGAGGCCUGCUCCCCAUCGCCCUGUGGUUCCAACAGCCAGUGCCGUGAUGUCAACGGACAUGCAGUGUGCUCUUGCCUGGAAGGCUACAUCGGCGCACCGCCUCAGUGCCGACCCGAGUGCGUGGUGUCCAGCGAAUGCUCCGCCCUACAGGCUUGUGUCAACAAGAAGUGCGUGGAUCCCUGCGCCGCUGCCUGCGGAUUGGAGGCCCGCUGUGAAGUGAUUAACCAUAGCCCGAUUUGUGGUUGUCCACCUGGCCGAACUGGAGAUCCGUUUAAGCAGUGCGUGGUUCUACCACCUGUACCUGCACCUGAUGUCAAGAAUACUCCUCAAGAUCCUUGCUUGCCCUCGCCCUGCGGACCAAAUACCUACUGCAAGCCUGAUAAAAAUGGUCCCGUCUGCCAGUGCCAACCCGAGUUCUUUGGCUCGCCACCCAAUUGCCGACCAGAGUGCAUAAUUAAUCCGGACUGUCAAUCCACGCAAGCGUGCAUCAACAACAAGUGCAGCAAUCCUUGCCCAGAAUCCUGCGGAACCAAUGCCGAGUGUCGUGUCAUUGGACACGCCGUUUCAUGCUCGUGCCCAGUUGGAUAUGCGGGCAACGCCUUUGUUCAGUGUGUGCCGCAGCAGGAUGAACCACCGAAGCCGUGCCAGCCAUCGCCAUGUGGAGCGAAUGCCGAGUGCAUCGAGCGGAAUGGAGCUGCUGCAUGCAAGUGUAUUGAUGAAUACCAGGGCAAUCCCUACGAGGGUUGUCGCCCAGAGUGCGUACUGAGCUCGGAUUGUCCCACGGAUAAGGCGUGCAUCCGCAACAAGUGCCAAGAUCCUUGUCCCGGAAUCUGCGGAUUGAAUGCCCAGUGCUAUGCUGUUAACCAUGUGCCCAACUGUGUGUGCAACGAUGGCUAUACUGGCGAUCCGUUCACCAGUUGUCGCCGAGUGGAAGUCACACCUCCACCUGCAGUUGCAGAGCCUUGUACUCCGUCCCCUUGCGGAGCCAACAGCAAAUGCAGGGUUGCCAAUGGUUUGGCCGUGUGCUCCUGCUUGGAUACCUUCAUUGGAGCCCCACCUAAUUGCAAGCCAGAGUGCACGGUUAAUGCCGAAUGUCCCUCGACCAAGGCUUGUCAUAAGUUCCGCUGUGCUAAUCCCUGCGCCAAGACGUGUGGCCUGAAUGCCAAGUGCGAAGUAAUAAAUCACAAUCCGAUUUGCAGUUGUCCAUUGGACAUGACGGGUGAUCCCUUCGCCCGCUGCUAUCCAGCUCCGCCGCCGCCGAUUCCAGGACCCAAGGAUGAGCCAGUGAAGAGACCAUGCCAACCAUCGCCUUGUGGAUUGAACUCGGAAUGUAGGGUACGCGAUGAGCAGGCCUCCUGCUCCUGCCUGCCCAACUUUAUUGGGGCACCACCCAACUGUCGUCCCGAGUGCGUUGUGAACACGGAUUGCUCGCCAGACCGAGCCUGCAUCGCCGAAAAGUGUCGCGACCCUUGUGACGGAUCCUGCGGAGUGGAUUCCGAGUGCCGUGUUCAGAACCACCUGGCUAUCUGUACUUGUCGUGGAGGAUUCACCGGAGAUCCGUUUGUCCGUUGCAUCGAGUUUAUCGAAGAGACCACCAAGUCGCCUCCACUUACUCAGGAUCCUUGUGAUCUGCAGCAGUGUGGAUCGAAUGCCGAGUGCAGGAAUGGCAUCUGUAGCUGCCUGCCGGAAUACCAGGGUGAUCCUUACACCAGCUGUCGCCCAGAAUGUACCUUGAGCACUGAUUGCCCGCCUACCAAGGCUUGCCUAAACAAGAAGUGUGUGGAUCCUUGCCCAGGAGUUUGUGGCCAGAACUCGCAGUGCGAUGUUUCGAAUCAUAUACCGAUAUGCAGUUGCCUACAGGGCUACACGGGUGAUCCGUUUGUGCAUUGCCGUCACGAGACGCCAGUUCCGAAGGACCCAUGUCAACCAAAUCCCUGCGGACCCAAUAGCCUGUGCCACAUUUCCGGCCAAGGACCAGUAUGUGCCUGUCAACCGGGAAUGUUGGGCUCACCACCCGCCUGCAAACCAGAAUGCAUCGUCAGUUCUGAGUGCUCGCUGCAAACGGCCUGUGUGAACAGGAAGUGCGUGGAUCCCUGCCCCGGAGCCUGUGGACAAUUUGCCCGCUGCCAGGUGAUCAACCACAACCCGUCGUGCUCUUGCAAUACUGGGUACACGGGCGAUCCGUUCACUCGAUGCUACCAGGAGGAGCGUAAGCCACCACAGACGCCAGACAACCCCUGUCAGCCAUCUCCUUGCGGACCUAAUUCCGAGUGCAAGGUUCUGAAUGGAAACGCAGCCUGCUCGUGUGCAGCUACCUUUAUUGGAACGCCACCAAGCUGCCGACCCGAAUGCUCCAUCAAUCCUGAAUGCCCACCGACCAAGGCCUGUAUUCGACAGAAGUGCUCAGAUCCGUGCGCGAAUGCCUGUGGAUUUAAUGCCCGCUGCAAUGUGGCCAAUCAUCAACCCAUCUGCACCUGCGAUGUGGGCUUUACUGGAGAUCCGUUCACCGGCUGUCAAAAGGAGCAAGAACGCAUUGUCAAUGAACAGGUUACUCCUUGUGAACCCAAUCCCUGUGGUUCGAAUGCUGUCUGUCGCGAAAGAAACGGCAUCGGUUCCUGCCAGUGCCUGCCCGAUCACUUUGGUGACCCGUAUCAGUCGUGUCGUCCGGAGUGCGUACGUCACUCGGACUGCGCCUCCAAUAAGGCGUGCCAGCAGCAGAAGUGUCGCGAUCCCUGCCCAGGCACCUGUGGCAGCAACGCGGACUGCAGUGUAACGAAUCACUUGCCCACCUGUUCUUGUCGCAUCGGAUACACGGGAGAUCCGUACCGCUACUGCCAUGUGGAACCACCACAACCUCCUGCUCGUGUGAACGAACCAACGCAACCCUGUCGCCCCUCACCGUGUGGUCCCAACUCUCAGUGUCGCGAACUCAACGGGCAGGCCGUGUGCUCCUGCCUGGAGCUCCACAUCGGUCUGCCCCCUAACUGCCGACCCGAGUGUGUGCUAAGCACCGAAUGUCCCACUGAAAAGGCUUGCAUCAGCCAACGUUGUCAGGAUCCUUGUCCAGGCACUUGUGGCAUCAAUGCCGAGUGUCGGGUGCGUAAUCACAGCCCACUGUGUCAGUGUCGUCAAGGUUUCACCGGUGAUUCCUUUACCCGUUGCUAUCCUCUGCCACCCCCACCGCCUGAAAUCGAACGUAUUGAGCGCGAUCCUUGCCUGCCAUCGCCCUGCGGUCUGAACAGUCAGUGCCGCAAUGUGCAGGGUGUGCCAUCCUGUUCCUGUUUGCCAGAAUUCUUGGGGGCACCGCCUAAUUGUCGACCAGAGUGCACCAUCAGUGCAGAGUGUCCAUCCAAUCUGGCUUGCAUACGAGAGAAGUGUAUAGAUCCCUGCCCCGGUUCCUGUGGCUAUGCCGCCGAGUGUAAUGUGGUAAACCACACGCCCAUUUGCGUGUGUCCAGCUGGCUUUACGGGUGAUCCGUUCAGCAGCUGCCGUCUUGCGCCGCCGCCAGAGCCUACUCAAAACGAAUAUGUGGAUCCCUGCAAUCCAUCACCAUGUGGCCCCAAUGCGCAGUGCAACACUGGAGUGUGCACAUGUCUAGCCGAAUUCCAUGGCGAUCCCUAUUCCGGCUGCCGUCCCGAGUGCGUUUUGAGUUCCGACUGUCCCAGAGACAAGGCUUGCCAUCGCAGCAAGUGUGUGAACCCCUGUCCGGGCACUUGUGGCGAGAAUGCCAUUUGCGAUGUUAUCAAUCACAUACCUAUGUGCAGAUGCCCAGAACGCACUGCAGGCAGCGCUUUCAUUCGUUGCUCCCCUGUGCAGAGUACGUCGAAAUGGUUACCCUUUAUAAAUGUCCCUCUAACAAACCCACCCAUAGUUUCAGUAACUAAUCCCUGCAGACCCUCGCCUUGUGGACCCAAUUCUCAGUGCCGCGAGGUUAAUCAGCAAGCAGUGUGCUCUUGCCUGCCAAGCUUUAUUGGAGCUCCGCCAUCGUGUCGACCCGAAUGCACCUCAAACGCCGAAUGUGCACCCACCCAAGCUUGCCUCAAUCAGCGGUGCGGAGAUCCCUGCCCUGGAACAUGUGGAGUGGGAGCAAAUUGCGCUGUUGUCAGCCAUAGUCCCUUCUGCACAUGUCCUGAGAGGUUUACGGGUAAUCCCUUCAUUCGUUGCCAGCCCCAGAGUAAGGAUAUUAAGGAGGAAAUAGAGUCACCUUUACAAGUGUUACCUUUCCCAGUUGAACCACCUGUUCGCGAUGUUGUGCCCGUUGAUCCUUGUCGCCCAUCUCCUUGUGGACCUUAUUCCCAGUGUCGCCCAGUUGGUGAGGCCCCAGCUUGUUCUUGUCUGGAAACCUACAUUGGACGUCCCCCGAACUGCCGGCCGGAAUGUGUGACCAGCUCGGACUGCACCAGUCAAAUGGCCUGUGUCAACCAGAAGUGCGUCGAUCCCUGCCCAGGACGCUGUGGCCUCAAUGCCGAAUGCCAUGUGGUCAGCCAUGCGGUGCAAUGCAUCUGUCAGCAGGGCUUCAACGGAGAUCCGUUCGUGCAGUGCACACCGGAGAUCGCCUAUGAAAACGAAAUCCGAACACCCUGCAACCCAAGUCCAUGUGGAUCGAAUGCCGUGUGCCGCGAUCGCAAUGGUGUCGGGUCCUGCCAGUGUCUGCCGCAGUACUUUGGAGAUCCUUACGAGGGCUGUCGCCCGGAGUGCAUGCUUGAUUCGGACUGUCCAUCGAACAGGGCGUGUCAGCAACUAAGAUGCCAGGAUCCCUGCCCAGGAACUUGUGGCCCGAAUGCCAACUGUCAAGUGGUCAACCAUUUGCCAACAUGUAACUGCCUAGCCGGAUAUGUGGGAGACCCAUACCGUCAAUGUAAUCGACAGCCAGAACCACCCCAAAACGAGUAUGUGAAUCCUUGUCAGCCCACACCCUGCGGUCCCAACUCUCAGUGUCGCGUUUCAAAUGAGCAAGCUGUUUGCUCCUGUCUGCCCCUGUUCGUGGGAACUCCACCAUCAUGCCGACCCGAGUGCACCAUCUCCUCGGAGUGUUCUGCGGAUAGGGCUUGUGUUAAUCAGAAGUGCGUGGACCCUUGCGCAGCGGAUACUUGCGGAAGCAAUGCCAUAUGUAGGGUGCGCAACCAUAGUCCCAUUUGCAGUUGCAUCAGCGGCUUCACAGGCGAUGCCUUCACCCGCUGCUUCCCCAUUCCACCGCCGAUCGUUGAGACUAAGGAUGAACCUCUGAGGGACCCCUGUAUACCAACACCAUGUGGUCCAAACUCUGAAUGCCGAAAUAUCAAUGGAGUUCCUGCUUGUUCCUGCUUGGCUAACUUUAUUGGCCAGGCUCCCAACUGUCGCCCCGAGUGCACAAUAAACUCGGAAUGUCCGAGUCAGCAGGCGUGCAUCAACCAAAAGUGUCGCGAUCCGUGUCCAGGAGCCUGCGGUCAGAAUGCUGUCUGUAGUGUCAUCAAUCAUACACCACUCUGCGCCUGCAUCGAAGGCUAUAUAGGCAAUCCAUUUACGAACUGCAAUCCCAAACCUCCAGAGCCCCCAGCUCUACCAGUUGCCGACGAUCCUUGCAACCCAUCGCCUUGCGGAUCUAAUGCUCUCUGUCGCAAUGGCCAAUGUUCGUGUAUACCCGAAUACCAAGGAGAUCCCUAUGUCACCUGCCGUCCGGAGUGCGUGUUAAACACAGAUUGUCCAAGAGAUCGAGCCUGCGUGCGCAACAAAUGUAUCGAUCCCUGCCCUGGAACUUGUGGGGUAAACGCCUUGUGCGAGGUUACCAACCAUAUUCCCAUUUGCCGCUGCCCAGAACAGAUGUCUGGCAAUGCUUUCUUCGAGUGUCGACCAGUGCCUCCUGCCAAAAUUCAAAAUCCCUGCCAGCCAUCGCCAUGUGGUCCGAACAGUCAGUGCCGUGUGGUGCAGCAGACUGCGGUCUGCUCCUGCCUGACUGAUUACGUGGGCAGUCCACCGCAAUGUCGUCCGGAAUGUGUGACAAACUCAGACUGUUCGGCCGAUCAGGAUUGCCAGAAUAUGAAGUGUCGCGAUCCCUGCCCUGGUACUUGUGGCUUCAAUGCCCUCUGCAACGUGGUUAACCACCGUCCCUUCUGCAGCUGUCCCUCAAGCAUGUCGGGAAAUCCCUUCGUGAGCUGCCAACAGCUAAUAAUACGCGAUGAGAGACCACAAAAUCCCUGCCAACCAUCGCCUUGUGGUCCCAACUCCGAGUGUCGCGUGUCUGGAGACUCGCCAUCUUGUUCUUGCCUACCCGAAUUUGUGGGUGCCCCACCAAAUUGCCGACCGGAGUGCAUAUCCAAUUCUGAGUGUACCACAAACCUUGCUUGUAUAAACCAGAAAUGCGUGGAUCCCUGCCCAGGACUUUGUGGUCUAAAUGCCAAUUGUCGAGUGUUCAGUCAUAGUGCCAUGUGCUUGUGUGACAGUGGCUUUACUGGAGAUCCGUUUAGUCAGUGCAGUCCCUUUAGGGAUACUCCCCCUGAAGUUCUUCAGCCCUGCAACCCCAGUCCUUGCGGCGUAAAUGCCAAGUGCGAGGAACGUGGUGGUGCAGGAUCAUGCCAGUGUCUGCCUGAUUACUUUGGAAAUCCGUAUGAUGGCUGUCGUCCCGAGUGCGUACUAAACUCUGAUUGUCCUUCGAAUCUGGCUUGUGUUAACCAGAAAUGUCGCGAUCCGUGUCCCGGCACUUGUGGUCAAAGCGCCGAGUGCCAGGUCGUUAAUCACUUGGCCACAUGUAAUUGCCUGGUCGGUUACACCGGAGACCCAUACAGCUUGUGUCGCAUUAUAGUCAACGAGCCACCGGAACGAGUUUAUGUUAACCCUUGCCAGCCGUCUCCAUGCGGACCAAACUCGCAGUGCCGUGAAGUCAACGAACAAGGCGUUUGUUCUUGUUUGCCAGAGUUUAUUGGUAGUCCGCCUGCCUGUCGUCCAGAAUGCACCAGCAGCUCGGAGUGCGCCGCUGACAAAGCUUGUGUGAACCGCAAAUGUAUGGACCCCUGUCCGAAUGUUUGUGGUCAGCAGGCCGAGUGUCGCGUGCGUAACCACAAUCCCAUUUGUACCUGUCUCAGUGGAUUCACGGGUGAUCCAUUCACUCGUUGUUACCGUCAGCCGCCUCCUCCGCCAGUGGACAUUGAACGUGAACCCCUUGACCCUUGUGUUCCUUCACCAUGCGGGGCGAACUCUCAGUGUCGCGAGAUCCAUGGCACACCAUCAUGCUCUUGCCUGCCCCAAUACCUGGGAACUCCACCCAGUUGUCGCCCGGAGUGUUCUAUCAAUGCCGAGUGUCCUAGUCAUCAGGCUUGCAUUAACCAGAAAUGUCGCGAUCCCUGUCCCGGCUCUUGUGGCCUCAACACUCAGUGCAAUGUAAUCAACCACACGCCCAUUUGCAGUUGUGUGGUGGGAUACAUUGGUGAUCCAUUCAGCGUUUGUAAUCCGCAGCCAAUCCCAGAAAAAAUUCGAGACCCACUGCCACCAGAAGAUCCCUGCAACCCAUCGCCAUGUGGCUCUAACACGCAGUGCAACAAUGGAGUAUGCUCUUGUCUGCCCGAAUACCAUGGAGAUCCGUAUACCGGUUGUCGUCCUGAGUGCGUCUUACAUACGGAUUGCGACCGUAGUAAGGCUUGUGUACGUCACAAGUGUGUUGACCCUUGUCCAGGUGUCUGUGGCAUCAACGCGAUAUGUGAGGUUCUGAACCACAUACCUAACUGCCGUUGCUUAGAGAGAAUGCAAGGCAAUGCCUUUGUUCAAUGCAGCCCAAUUCCACAGCUCGACGUCGUACAAAAUCCUUGCCAACCCACGCCGUGUGGACCUAAUUCUCAGUGUCGCGUUGUCAACCAACAGGCCAUUUGCUCCUGCAUCACGCCCUUCGUAGGAAGCCCGCCAUUCUGCCGACCAGAAUGCACCACCAACUCAGAGUGUCCUUUAAUCCUGGCCUGUCGCAAUCAAAAGUGCAGUGACCCCUGUCCUGGAGUUUGUGGCCGCGGUGCCCAGUGUCAUGUGACCAACCACAGUCCCUUCUGCCGCUGUUUGGAGCGCUACACGGGUAAUCCGUUCGUGAGUUGCCAGCAGAUCAUCGAACCACCGGUGCCACCACCAAGGCAAACCUGCCUGCCAUCACCCUGCGGACCGUACUCCCAAUGUCGUGAAGUAAACGAAUCACCUUCCUGCACUUGUCUGGCGGAAUACAUUGGAGUCCCUCCCAAUUGUCGACCCGAGUGCGUGACCAGUUCAGAGUGUCCCUCAAAUCAGGCCUGCAUUCAGCAGAAGUGUCGCGAUCCCUGUCCAGGACUAUGUGGACAAUCAGCGGAAUGUCGAGUGAUCUCCCACACGCCAAGCUGUGUUUGCCCAGAAGGCAUGGAAGGUGAUCCGUUUACUCUAUGCACGGAGAAGAGAAUUCAGGAACGGGACCAGUUGGACCCUUGCAGUCCCAGUCCUUGUGGAGUCAAUGCCCGCUGUACUUCUCGCCAAGAUGCCGGAUCCUGCCAGUGUUUGCCAGAGUACUUUGGCAAUCCCUAUGAGGGAUGUCGCCCUGAGUGUGUCCUUAAUUCUGAUUGUGCAUCAAACAAGGCCUGUCAGCAACAGAAAUGCCAGGAUCCCUGUCCAGGAACUUGUGGUCAGAAUGCUCUAUGCAACGUCCUGAAUCAUGUACCCAGUUGUAGCUGCAUAACGGGCUACUCCGGUGAUCCAUAUAGGUCGUGUGUCCCAGAACCUGUCAAGGAAUAUGUUAAUCCCUGCCAACCAUCGCCAUGUGGUCCCAACUCGCAGUGCCGUGAAAUUAACGAACAAGCCAUUUGCUCGUGUUUGCCAGAAUAUGUGGGUGCCCCUCCAGUGUGUCGACCCGAAUGUACGAUUUCAUCAGAGUGUCCGGUUGACAAGGCCUGCGUGAACCAGAAAUGUAUAGAUCCCUGUCCCAACACGUGUGGUGAACAAGCCAUCUGUCGCGUUGUGAAUCACAGUCCCAUUUGCUCUUGUCGCGCCGGGUACACGGGCGAUGCCUUCUUCCGAUGCUUCCCUAAACCUCCGGUACCACCGACACCUAUACAAAAGACUCCAGUUGACCCUUGUGUGCCCUCACCCUGCGGUCCCUACUCCCAGUGCCGGUCCCAAGGAGAUGCUCCUGCCUGUUCCUGUGUGGUUGGAUAUUUAGGAGCCCCUCCGAAUUGCCGACCCGAAUGUCGCAUCAAUGCCGAGUGUCCCAGCAGUCAGGCGUGCAUCAAUGAGAAGUGUAGGGAUCCCUGUCCCGGUUCCUGCGGCUAUGGGGCCAUUUGUAAUGUGAUCAAUCAUACGCCUAGCUGCACUUGCCCGGCAGGAUAUAUGGGUGACCCAUUCAGUCAGUGUCAGCCCCAGCCACCUCCGCCACCAACACCCGUUAAGCUUGAUGAUCCGUGCAACCCCUCGCCCUGCGGUCCGAACGCUCAGUGUAAUAAUGGCGUCUGCACCUGCAUUCCCGAAUACCAUGGUGACCCCUAUAGUGGUUGCCGCCCAGAGUGCAUCACAAGUGCGGAUUGCUCUCGAGAACUCGCCUGUUCGCGUCACAAGUGCUUCGACCCGUGCCCGGGAACCUGUGCCCCUAAUGCCAUUUGUACUGUGCUCAAUCACGUGCCCAUGUGCACUUGUCCGGAGGGUUAUAAUGGCAAUGCGUUCGUUCAGUGCCAGCCUGCGCCACCCCCUGUCCUUGUCCAACCCUGCCAGCCCUCUCCAUGUGGACCUAACUCACAAUGCCGCGAGGUCAACCAACAGGCUGUAUGCUCUUGUGUGUCAGGAUACUUUGGAACACCACCGCUUUGUCGUCCGGAGUGUACAUCAAACUCGGAAUGUUUGUCGCGCCAAGCGUGUGUGAAUCAAAAAUGUAUGGAUCCGUGUCCCGGUUCUUGUGGCCGCAAUGCUCAGUGCAGUGUGGUGAACCAUAAUCCCUUCUGUACAUGUCUGCCUCGCUUUACUGGCAAUCCUUUCGUGGGUUGUCAACAGAUUAUCGAACCACCACGCCAAGAUAUUGUGCCUCAGGAUCCUUGCCGCCCAUCGCCUUGUGGCCCCAAUUCCGAAUGCCGCGCUGUCGGUGAGACACCAACUUGUACGUGUCUUGCUGAUUUCGUGGGCUCUCCGCCGUAUUGUAAGCCCGAAUGUGUGGCUAACUCAGAGUGUCCUUCGAACAUGGCUUGUAUCAAUCAAAAGUGUCGCGAUCCCUGUCCCGGAUUGUGCGGUUUAAGUGCCACUUGUCGCGUAGUCUCCCACACUGCAAUCUGCAUUUGUGAUGCUGGCUUGACCGGAGAUCCCUUCACACAAUGUCAACCCAUUGAGGCCGAUGUGGAGAUCAUCAAUCCCUGCCAACCAUCGCCUUGCGGCGCCAAUGCUGAGUGUAUCCAACGGAAUGGAGCAGGAGCCUGUCAGUGUCUCGCAGAAUAUUUUGGAAAUCCCUAUGAAGGCUGUCGCCCGGAGUGUGUUUUGAACUCGGAUUGUCCAUCGAAUAGAGCUUGUCAGCAGCAGAAGUGCCGUGAUCCCUGCCCCGGAAGCUGUGGACAGAAUGCCGAAUGCAAUGUGGUGAACCACACGCCCAUGUGCAACUGCUUUGCAGGAUAUAUCGGCGAUCCAUACCGCUAUUGUAGCCAACCGCCAGAACCUGUUGUCCAUGAGUAUGUGAACCCCUGUCAACCGUCUCCCUGUGGCCCGAAUUCUAAUUGUCGCGAGGUCAACGAGCAGGCAGUAUGCUCCUGUCGUCCCGAGUUCGAAGGAGCCCCACCCAACUGCCGGCCCCAGUGCACCUCAAGCUCUGAAUGUGCCCCCACAAAGGCAUGUAUCAACCAAAAGUGCGUUGAUCCCUGCCCCGGUGUCUGUGGCCAGCAGGCAAUCUGUGAGGUGCGCAACCAUAGUCCCAUUUGUAGGUGUCCCACCGGCAUGACCGGUGAUCCCUUCGUGCGCUGUUUGCCCCGACCAUCGAUUCCCCCACCGCCCUUGAGGGAUGUAGUUCCCUACCGCGAUCCCUGCCUCCCUUCACCCUGUGGCCUGUACUCGUCGUGCAGAAAUCAACAGGAUCAAGCCGUUUGUUCUUGCUUGCCCAAUUACUUUGGCACUCCGCCGCAUUGUCGUCCCGAGUGUUCCAUCAAUGCAGAGUGCCCAAGUCACUUGGCUUGCAUCGGCGAGCGCUGCCGCGAUCCUUGUCCCGGUGCCUGUGGUCAGCAGACCGAGUGCCGAGUCAUCAGUCACGUUCCCAGUUGUGUUUGCCUGCGCGGCUAUGUGGGCGAUGCUUUCCUGGCCUGCCACCCAGCACCACCCCCACCAGCCCGCGAAGAGCCCCGCGAUCCAUGCAAUCCCAGUCCCUGCGGCAGCAAUGCCAUCUGCUCAAAUCAGGGAGAGUGUACAUGUCUGGCCGACUAUCAGGGCGAUCCUUACGUGGCCUGUAGACCCGAGUGUGUCCUGAGUUCGGAGUGCCCCCGAAAUCUAGCCUGCAUACACCAGAAGUGCACUGACCCUUGUCCCGGAACCUGUGGUACCAAUGCAAUCUGCGAAGUGGUUAAUCACAUUGCCAUGUGCCAUUGUCCCGAGCGAAUGACGGGAAAUGCUUUUGUGCAGUGUUCCCCUUUACAAUUGGAUGUAUACCGCAACCCUUGUAAUCCCUCUCCAUGCGGCUCCAAUGCGGAGUGUAGGGAGCAGAAUGGUCAAGCAGUGUGCAGCUGUCUUCGCAACUAUUUUGGUGUGCCUCCCUCUUGUCGACCCGAAUGUAGCACCAACUACGAUUGUUCCCCAAGUUUGGCGUGUCAAAAUCAACGGUGCGUCGACCCUUGUCCAGGAUCAUGUGGAGUCUAUGCCGAGUGCCGAACUGUGAGCCACAGUCCUUUCUGUAGUUGCAGACCCGGCUACACAGGCAAUCCCAUUGUUCAGUGUCAUGUGAUUAUUGAACCUCAACGCGAUCUUGUGCGUCAAGAUCCUUGCCAGCCCUCACCCUGUGGACCAAACAGCGAAUGUCGCCGCGUGGGCGACACACCCUCCUGCUCUUGCCUGUCAAACUUCUUUGGCACCCCGCCCAACUGCCGUCCUGAAUGUGUCUCCAACUCCGAGUGCAGUCAGUUGCAUGUGUGCACAAAUAACCGCUGCAAGGAUCCGUGUCCAGGUCUCUGCGGCACUGAUGCCGUAUGCCGGGUGAUCAGUCACAGUGCCAUGUGCUACUGCCAGCCGGGCUAUAGUGGGGAUCCAUUCGUUCGUUGCGCACCAGAUAUUCAAAGGGAACCGGUUGAGAUAGUGCAACCCUGCAACCCGAAUCCUUGCGGCUCCUUUGCCGAGUGUCGCCAGCAGAAUGGAGUCGGUUCCUGCCAGUGUCUGCCGGAGUAUUUCGGCAAUCCCUACGAGGGAUGUCGUCCAGAGUGUGUGCUCGACUCCGAUUGCCCCUCUCAGCUGGCCUGUGUCAAUCAGAAAUGCCGCGAUCCCUGUCCCGGAAGUUGUGGCCAAAAUGCCGAAUGCUUUGUGCGUAAUCACUUGCCAACGUGCAACUGUCUCAGCGGCUUUGUCGGUGAUCCCUAUCGCUAUUGCAACAUUGAACCGAAACCCAUGCGGGAAUAUGUCAACCCCUGUCAGCCCUCUCCUUGCGGGCCCAACUCUCAGUGUCGCGAGCAGAAUGGAGUGGCCACUUGCUCCUGUCUACCGGAGUAUGUGGGCACACCGCCGGGCUGCCGGCCUGAGUGUACGGUUUCCUCGGAGUGCAAUCUUGACAAGGCCUGCGUUCGUCACAAGUGCAUUGACCCUUGUCCUGGUGCCUGCGGCAGUUCUGCCAAUUGCCAGGUGGUGAACCAUGCUCCGAUCUGCUCUUGUCAAGCAGGUUACACAGGAGAUCCCUUCACGCGUUGUUACCCAAUUCCUCCUCCACCAUCGCACAUCAUCCACGAUAUAGUGCGCGAUCCUUGCCAACCAUCUCCCUGUGGGGCCAAUGCCCAAUGUAGGCAGUCCCAGGGUCAAGCCAUCUGCUCCUGUUUGUCCAACUACUUUGGUGUCCCGCCCAAUUGUCGACCCGAGUGCACUCAAAGUUCAGAGUGCCUGUCCAGUCUGGCCUGCAUCAAUCAACGGUGCGCGGAUCCCUGUCCUGGCUCCUGUGCCUACAACGCCAUUUGUCACGUGCGUAACCACGUGCCCAGUUGUCAGUGCCCAGUGGGCUAUGUGGGUGAUCCGUUCACCAAUUGCCACCCUAAACCUCAGCCACCACACGAACCCAUUGCUUUUGACGACCCGUGCACUCCUUCCCCCUGUGGAGCAAAUGCCGUGUGCCGGAAUGGUCAAUGUUCUUGUAUUACCGAGUACCAAGGAGAUCCGUAUACCGGCUGUCGUCCGGAGUGUGUAUUGAAUGCAGAUUGCGCGCGCAAUCGGGCUUGUGUUCGUCAUAAGUGUGUGGAUCCCUGUCCAGGAACGUGUGCCCCCAACGCCAUCUGUGAUGUUCUAAAUCACAUUGCCAUGUGUCGCUGUCCGGAACAGAUGACAGGCAAUGCCUUCAUCCAGUGUGAAACUCCGCCCAAGUUGCUGGCACCACCCGAUCCGUGCUACCCCUCGCCCUGCGGUCCGAAUAGUCGCUGCCGCGUGUUUAACGACAAUGCUGUAUGUUCCUGCAUUGAGGAUUUCAUUGGAACGCCACCAAAUUGUCGACCAGAGUGUACGCAUAACUCGGAUUGCUUGCCUAGUCUGGCUUGCCAGAGGCAGCAUUGCAUUGAUCCGUGCCCGGGAACUUGUGGUUUUAAUGCCCUUUGCCAUGUGGUAAAUCAUGCACCGAUUUGCAGUUGUCCACCAAGGCAGAAUGGAAACCCCUUCCUGGGCUGCUUCCCAGAACCAGUGCGACGUGAUGAGAUUAUACCAAAGAAUCCGUGCCAACCUUCUCCAUGUGGUCCGUAUGCCAAGUGCUUGUCCGUUGGAGAUCAGGCGCAGUGCAGCUGCCUGGCGGAAUACAUCGGAACACCGCCCAACUGUCGGCCGGAGUGUGUAACCAAUUCGGAGUGCUCCUUUAACAUGGCCUGCUUAAACCAACGAUGCCGCGAUCCCUGCCCUGGAACUUGUGGCUCCAAUGCCAAUUGCCACGUGAUAAGCCAUGCUGCCAUGUGUUACUGCCUACCAGGCUAUACUGGUGACCCAUUCACGUCUUGUCUGCAAGUACCUUUAAUCCAGCAAGUCGAGAUCGUACAACCUUGCUCUCAUAAUCCCUGUGGAGCUAAUGCUGUGUGUCGCCACGAAGGCAAUGUCGGUUCCUGCCAGUGCCUGCCCGAAUACUACGGAAAUCCAUACGAGAUCUGUCGCCCUGAGUGUGUAACGAAUAACGACUGCCCGGCCCACAAAUCCUGUCAGCAGAUGAAAUGUCGGGAUCCUUGCCCAGGAGUCUGUGCCCUGAAUGCUUUGUGUCGAGUGAUUAAUCACUUGCCAACUUGUCAUUGUCAGAACGGCUUUGUUGGUGACCCCUACCGCUAUUGCCAAAUUCCUGAGAAACGUGAGUUCUGCGAAAUGUGCGUUCUGCGGUCCAAUGUUAACCUAUCCAUUCCCAUACCUUUAGCUGUUCUCAAAGAGUAUGUCAAUCCCUGCCAACCAUCACCGUGUGGUCCUAACUCCCAAUGCCGUGAAAACAAUGAGCAGGCCAUCUGCACAUGUCUGCCCGAGUAUGUGGGCGCUCCGCCCAAUUGCCGACCCGAGUGUGUGACCAGUGCAGAGUGUCCUCAAGACAAGGCUUGCAUUAGGCAAAAGUGUAGUGAUCCCUGCCCCGGUGUGUGCGGCUCCAAUGCCGAUUGUCGCGUCAUCCAGCAUGCCCCUAUUUGCAGUUGUCGUCCUGGUUUCACAGGCGAUGCCUUUACUCGCUGCUUAGCCCUGCCACCCCCAAGACCACCACAGUUGGACGUAUAUCGUAAUCCCUGUGUACCCUCACCUUGUGGCCAGUUUGCAGAGUGUCGGGAUAACCAGGGAACUGCCACCUGCAGUUGUCUGCCCUCCUACUUUGGCACUCCGCCCAACUGUCGCCCCGAGUGUACGAUCAACCCCGACUGUCCCGCUCAUCUGUCCUGCCAACAGCAGCGUUGUCGCGAUCCUUGCCCAGGAGCCUGUGGAUUCAAUGCCCUGUGCACGGUUAUUAAUCACAAUCCUACGUGCCAGUGUGCGACUGGACUAAUUGGCAACGCCUUCACAUCCUGUCAUGCUCCACCGCCAGUCGCUCGAGAUCCCCCUCAAAUAAGUGAUCCCUGUUCAUUAAUAACUUGUGGCGCUAAUGCAGUGUGCAAUCAAGGACAAUGCAGCUGUCUGCCUGAAUUUGUGGGUAAUCCAUUAGUGGGCUGUCGACCAGAAUGUGUGCUAAGCACGGAAUGCGACUGGAACAAGGCGUGCGUGAGAAACAAGUGUAUCGAUCCCUGCCCUGGAACAUGCGGAUCCAAUGCCAUCUGUGAGGUGCAUAGACACGUGGCCAUGUGCCACUGUCCACCGGGAAUGACGGGAAAUGCAUUCAGCCAAUGCCGACCCAUACCGCCAGCUCCAAUACGCGAUGUCAUCGAUCCCUGCCAGCCCUCACCGUGCGGACCAAAUGCCCAGUGUCGCAAUAUUAACGGACAGGCUGUGUGCUCUUGUCUUCGCGAUUUCGUUGGAGUCUCACCUUCAUGUCGACCAGAGUGCGUUAGUAAUGCGGAGUGUCCGCUGCACUUGGCUUGUCUCCAGCAACAUUGUCGAGAUCCCUGUCCCGGAGUUUGUGGCUUGAACGCUGAAUGUCGCGUAAUUAAUCACAGCCCCAAUUGCCACUGCAUUGGUUCCUUUACGGGUAAUCCAUUCGUGGCUUGUCACCGGCAACCACCACCACCACCUAGGCAGGACCCUAUUGAUCCUUGUCAGCCGUCGCCGUGUGGAGCUAAUGCGGAAUGCCGUGCGCAGGGAAGCAAUGCUCAAUGUAGUUGUUUUACCGGCUUCAUUGGAACACCACCCAACUGCCGACCAGAGUGCGUGUCGAACUCGGACUGCCCCACGAAUCUGGCUUGCCUCAACCAAAAGUGCCGCGAUCCCUGCCCAGGAGUCUGUGGCUCCAAUGCUGAGUGUUAUGUGAUUAAUCAUACUCCUAUGUGUACAUGUAUUGGUGGACAAACUGGCAAUCCGUUUGUGGGAUGUCAAGUGGUACGAGAUGUGCCCGAACUGCUUACACCAUGUGUGCCCAGUCCUUGUGGAGCCAACGCUCUCUGUACGGAGAGAAAUGGAGCCGGAGCUUGUCAGUGUCUUCCGGAGUUCUUUGGUAAUCCCUACGAAGGCUGUCGACCGGAGUGUGUGCUUAACUCGGACUGCCCAAGCCACCUGGCUUGUCUGAAUCAACAUUGCCGCGAUCCCUGUCCCGGAACCUGUGGUCCAAAUGCCCAGUGUCAAGUGCGCGAUCACCUGCCACAAUGCAAUUGUCUUACAGGCUACAAUGGAAACCCCUACGUUUACUGUAGUGUCCUGCGUGAACCCCUGCCUGAACCGAUUCCCUCUCGCCCCUGUCAACCCUCACCAUGCGGUCCGAACUCUCAGUGUCGGGAGUCGAAUAACCAGGCCAUUUGCAAGUGCCUGCCCGAUUUUAUUGGAUCCCCACCUGCCUGCAGGCCCGAAUGUACUAUCUCCAGCGAGUGUGAUUUGACCCUGGCGUGUGUCCAACAACACUGUGUCGAUCCCUGUCCAGGUGUUUGCGGCGGCAGUGCCCAGUGUCGGGUUAUAAACCACAGUCCGCACUGUAGCUGCCUGCCUGGUUACACGGGUGAUGCCAUAAGUGGUUGCCAGCGCAUACCACCAGCAAUUAGUUAUGAUGCCCCCAAGGAAACCUACCGCGAUCCCUGUGCGCCCUCUCCCUGUGGUACCUUUGGCCAAUGCCGUGCUCAGGGCAACCAGGCUAUAUGCUCAUGCCUGCCUGGUUACUUUGGAGCUCCCCCCAACUGCCAGCCAGAGUGUGUGAUUAAUCCGGACUGCCCCUCCCAUUUGGCCUGUAUCAGUGAAAAAUGCCGUGAUCCGUGCCCCGGUUCUUGUGGGCUCCAGGCCCAUUGCAACGUCAUCAACCACACACCCAUUUGCAGCUGUCCCUCAGGUUAUCAGGGCAAUCCCUUCGUAAGCUGUCAACGAACUCCUCCUCCACCAACUCCGCCCCUUCGCGAUGCCUGUAAUCCUUCGCCUUGUGGCUCCAAUGCCAUUUGCAGCGCUGGAGGUCAGUGUUCUUGCUUGCCCGACUUCGAUGGCAAUCCCUAUGUGGGUUGUCGUCCGGAGUGCGUCCUAAACACGGACUGUGCGAGAGACAAGGCUUGCCAGCGCAGUAAGUGCACGGAUCCCUGUCCAGGAGCUUGUGGGGUUGGAGCAGUUUGCGAGGUGCGCAACCACAUACCAACAUGUAAUUGUCCGCCCGGAACUUCGGGCAACGCAUUCGUCCAGUGUACUGUUGUGCAAUGUAGGUUUCAAACUAAAAAUCAACCAACUUUAGAGACCCCAUUAAACUAUUCCUUGUUCUGUUUAGCUUCUCCCGUGGAGCCUUUGAAUCCCUGUCAGCCAUCCCCGUGUGGAAACAAUGCCCAAUGCCGAGUGGCCAACAAUCAGGCCAUCUGCUCUUGCUUACCCGGCUACUUUGGUGUUCCACCAAAGUGUCGCCCCGAGUGCACCGUUAACUCGGACUGUGCCCCACAUCUGGGCUGCUUGAAUCAGCAGUGCCGCGAUCCUUGCCCUGGAGCAUGUGGCCAGUUUGCUCAGUGCCAAGUCAUUCGGCAUGUGCCGCACUGCAGUUGUCCCACAGGAUACUCAGGCAAUGCCUUCUUCCUUUGUCAUCGUGUACCGCCUCCACCACCAGUCCAAAGAGAACCGCUCAACCCAUGCUCACCGUCACCAUGUGGAGCCAAUGCAGAGUGUACUAAUCAAAAUGACAAGGCAAUUUGCAAGUGCUUGAAGGAUUACGUAGGAACACCUCCCAACUGUCGACCGGAGUGCAUAACAUCAUCGGAGUGUCCGAAUCAGCUGGCUUGCAUUGCUCAGAAAUGCAAGGAUCCUUGUCCUGGGCUUUGUGGAAACGCAGCCAGCUGUCAAGUUGUCAGCCACGUACCCUCGUGCAUCUGUAUUGCGGACUACAUUGGUGACCCCUACACUGGAUGCUAUGCACGGCCGCAGAUUCAACGCGAGCAGAUCAACCCCUGCUUCCAAAACCCUUGCGGAAGUAAUGCCGUGUGCCGAGAGCGAGGUGGAGCCGGUUCCUGCCAAUGCUUGCCGGAAUAUUACGGCAACCCCUACGAGGGAUGUCGACCCGAAUGUGUGCUUAAUUCAGACUGUUCGAGCCAUUUGGCUUGCCUUAAUCAACAUUGCCGUGAUCCCUGUCCAGGAAGCUGUGCCCCCAAUGCCCAAUGUCAAGUCGUUAAUCACGUGCCCAGCUGUAGUUGCUAUCCCGGAUAUAGUGGUGACCCCUAUCGCCACUGCCAAGUGGUCCAGGCGGAACGUAAGCAGUCUCCACCCAGUCAAUCGUUUAACCCUUGCACUAACACUCAAAUUUACCAUUACCCCCAAUCUGCACUUUUAUGUCCCUCUCCAGCCGUCGAAGUUGUUCACUUUAAUCCCUGCCAACCCUCACCGUGUGGUCCCAACUCUCAGUGCACCGAGUCCCAGGGUCAGGCGGUGUGUCGCUGCCUACCCGAUUACUUUGGUUCCCCACCAGGUUGUCGACCUGAGUGCACCACUAAUCCCGAAUGUCCCAAUGAUAGAGCUUGCGUGGCCAGAAGAUGUGCUGACCCUUGUGUGGGUGCUUGUGGCCAGAAUGCCAUAUGUCGAGCGCAUCAACAUAGGGCUCAUUGCUCAUGUCAUCCUGGUUACACAGGAGAUGCCUUUAUGCGCUGCGUGCCCUUGCCUCCGCCCCAACCUAUUAGGGAUUCACCCGUGAUCCACAGAGACCCCUGUGUACCCUCGCCCUGUGGACAGUUUGCCCAGUGUCGAGUGGAGUACGACCAAGCCGUGUGCUCCUGCCAAACCUCCUACUACGGUACUCCUCCUUACUGCCGACCCGAGUGCACCCAGAACUCUGAUUGUCCCAGCCAUAGAGCUUGUGUCAAUCAAAGGUGCGCGGAUCCUUGCCCCGGGGCUUGCGGUCUGAACGCCCAAUGUGAUGUGCUCAAUCAUGUGCCCAGCUGUUCAUGUCUUAGCGGUUUUGUGGGAGAUCCCUUCUACCGCUGCUAUCCAGCUCCAACGCCUCCUCAAACCCCUGUUACUAUCAUUGCGGAUGAUCCUUGUCAGCCCUCGCCCUGCGGUCCAAAUGCCCAGUGUUCGAACGGUGUUUGCAGUUGCCUGCCCUUGUACCAGGGUGAUCCAUACGUGGGAUGUCGCCCAGAGUGCGUGUUGAGUACGGAGUGUCCGUGGAACAAGGCCUGUAUCCGCAAUCGUUGCCUAGAUCCGUGCCCGGGAACUUGCGGAUCAGGAGCCACAUGCCAGGUGCAUAAUCAUGUGGCCAUGUGCCAGUGUCCGGCUGGUUAUCAGGGCAAUCCGUUUGUGCUGUGCCAGCCGACACCAUUACAGGCACCCAUAGAGCUGCAUCCCUGCCAGCCUUCGCCUUGCGGACCCCAUGGACAAUGUCGGGAAGUUGGCACGCAAGCAAUUUGCACUUGCCUGCCCGGCUAUUAUGGAAAUCCUCCAGCCUGUCGACCCGAAUGUGUCAGCGACUCAGAGUGUCCACCCAGUCUGGCUUGUGUGAAUCAGAAGUGCCGCGAUCCCUGCCCUGGUGCUUGUGGUUACAUGGCCGAAUGCCAUGUGAUUAACCACGGACCGCAGUGUGUUUGCCCUGCUGGUUACACUGGAAGUCCUUACUCCCAGUGCCAGUUGAUCAGGACAUAUUAUACACCAGUGCAGCGCGAACCAAUUGAUCCUUGCUCGCCGACUCCCUGUGGUCCUCAUGCUCAGUGCAGCAAUGAGGCAGGUAAUGCGGUUUGCCGCUGUCUUCCGGAGUAUUUGGGUGUGCCACCCUAUUGUCGACCCGAGUGCAUUGCCAACAGUGAGUGUCCCAGCGACAGAGCCUGUAUCAAUCGGAAGUGCCAAGAUCCAUGCCCGGGCCUGUGCGGUUACAAUGCCAUCUGUCGAACCUACAACCACCAGCCAAACUGUGUUUGUGCUCCUGGACUGGUGGGCAAUCCCUUCAACUCCUGCCUGCCUCCAACACGAAUUGAGGCUUCACCAGCACCACCGACAACAGCCAUACAGGUGCUUCAGUAUGAGGAGCCUUUUAUCAACGGCUGUGAACCUAAUCCCUGUGGAGCAAAUGCUCAAUGCAACCAGCGGAGAGGAGUAGUCUCUUGCGUCUGUUUGCCGGACUAUUUUGGAAAUCCCUACGAAGCCUGUCGACCAGAGUGCAUUUUGAACUCCGAUUGUCCUUCUAAUAGAGCGUGUGUGCAGCAAAAAUGUCGCGAUCCGUGUCCCGGCACAUGUGGCUUGAAUGCCGAGUGCUAUGUUCUGGAUCAUCUGCCUCAGUGCAGGUGUUUCGGUGGUUACACUGGAAACCCCUUGGCGUACUGCACGCCCGUUCCUAUAGUCCAACAAUGUAAGCAUCCAUGCAUUCAAAUGUCCGUACUGAAUUUAGAUAAUCCAUUUUAUCCGUUUGCACCAACCCCUUUAGCACCUUUGACUCCCUGCGAUCCCUCACCUUGUGGAUCCAAUGCCCAGUGUCACCCGUCAAAUAAUGAAGCCGUAUGCUCCUGUUUACCCGAAUUCUAUGGAACCCCUCCUAACUGUAAACCAGAGUGCACUCUUAACUCAGAGUGUGCUUAUGAUAAGGCGUGCGUCCAUCACAAGUGUGUUGAUCCCUGUCCUGGAAUUUGCGGUAUUAAUGCCGAAUGUCGCGUCCACUAUCACAGUCCCAUAUGUUACUGCAUCUCCUCGCAUACUGGCGAUCCGUUCACACGUUGCUACGAGACCCCAAAACGUAAGAGCAUAGUUAAACCUUCGUAUGCCAUAAUUGAAUCGGUUAACAAAAAACAUUUUCAAAUUCUAAUCGAAACAGCUGUGCGACCCCAAAUAUACGACACACCUUCUCCUCCCUAUCCGGUUGCUAUACCGGAUCUGGUGUACAUACAACAACAACAACCGGGAAUUGUAAAUAUUCCCUCUGCAACUCAACCAGAAUACCCCUCACCUCAGCCACCAGUUUACAAUGUGAACUAUCCAACACCACAACCAGAGAAUCCCCAAAAGCCUGGAGUUGUAAAUAUACCUUCCGUGUCACAGCCAGUCUACCCAUCGCCUCAGCCUCCUGUUUACGACGUCAACUACCCAACAACGCCCCAACAGCCAGGUGUUGUAAAUAUUCCAUCGGUACCUCAACCAAUCCCUCCGACAUCUCAGAGACCUGUCUUUAUACCAUCGCCCGUGAACCCAUCAUCUGCACCUCAGCCUGGAGUAAUUAACAUUCCUUCAAUGCCGCAACCAGGAUAUCCAACGCCACAGAGCCCAGUUUAUGAUGUAAACUACCCAAUUGCACCGACUCCAUCACAACAACCUGGCGUUGUCAAUAUUCCAUCUGUGCCAAACCCAUCAUAUCCUUCCCAGAAUCCGCCGGUCAACUAUCCAACGCCACCACCAGCUCAGAUACCAGUACAACCUGGAAUAAUCAAUAUUCCUUCUGUGCCGCAGCCGACUCCACCAUCACAACAACCUCCCGUCUUUAUACCAUCACCUGAGAGACCAACCCCAGCUCCUCAGCCAGGGCUAAUUAAUAUUCCUUCAGAACCGCAACCGGUGUAUCCAACACCACAGCAUCCGGUUUAUGAUGUGAAUUAUCCAACGACACCGUCUCCCAUUCCUCAAAAGCCUGGAGUGAUUAAUAUUGCCUCAGCACCCAAACCAGUAUAUCCUGCAACAAAUCCACCUGUUUACGAUGUUAACUAUCCAACGCCACCUUCAGUUCCUCAACAACCAGGGGUUCUUAAUAUCCCUUCGUACCCACAGCCGGUACCACCGUCUCCCCAACCUCCUAUAUUUAUACCAUCCCAUGAGACUCCGUCGCCUCCACCCCAACCUGGAGUUAUCAACAUUCCUUCGGUACCGCAACCUGUUUACCCUACGCCACCGGCCCCUGUUUACGACGUAAACUAUCCAACGCCACCACCAGUAAUACCGCACCAACCUGGAGUCGUUAAUAUUCCAUCGGUGCCGCAGCCUGUGCCUCCGGUUUCUCAACGUCCAGUGUUUAUUCCGUCACCUGUAAACACGACACCUGCUCCUCAACCAGGAGUUGUAAAUAUACCGUCAGUAGCACAGCCAGUGCAUCCAACAUAUCAACCUCCGAUUGUGCAACGACCGGCUAUAUACGAUGUGUAUUAUCCACCACCUCCGUCAAGACCGGGUGUGAUCAAUAUUCCUUCGCCUCCACGGCCCGUAUACCCGGUGCCCCAACAACCAAUCUACGUACCAGCACCAGUUUUGAAUAUACCUACACCAAGACCAGGCAUUCAUAACAUUCCAUCAGUACCGCAACCGACGUACCCACAUUAUAAUCCGCCUAUCCAGGGUGUUACUUAUCCACAACCAACUCCUCCAGCACCAGGAAUAAUCAAUAUUCCUUCAGUGCCUCAACCUGUGCCAUCAGCCAGUCCUGGUGUGAUCAAUAUUCCGUCGCAUCCAUCACCUCCGAUCUUUGUGCCAACUCCAGGAAUCAUAAACAUUCCCUCGGUUCCACAACCGACUUACCCGCAUCAAAACCCACCUACUCACGAUGUCAGCUAUCCUACUCCACAGCCAACUCCUCCGGCACCAGGAAUAAUAAAUAUCCCAUCAGUGCCACAACCUGCGCCAUUACCGACACCUGGAGUAAUAAAUAUUCCUUCACAACCAUCCCCACCAAUCACAGUACCGACUCCUGGAAUUGUUAACAUUCCCUCGGUUCCACAACCGACGUAUCCACCCCAAAAUCUGCUAAUUCACGAUGUUAGCUAUCCAACGCCACAGCCAACUCCUCCAGCACCUGGAAUUAUUAAUAUUCCUUCGGUGACUCAGCCGGUGCCAUCGCCAGCUCCUGGUGUAAUCAACAUUCCUUCUCAACCAUCCCCACCGAUCUCAGUACCAACACCCGGAAUUGUGAACAUUCCCUCAGUUCCACAACCGACGUAUCCACCUCAAAAUCCACCUGUUUACGAUGUCAGCUAUCCAACGGCACAGCCAACUCCUCCAGCACCUGGAAUUAUCAAUAUUCCCUCGUUGCCUGAGCCGGUGCCGUCGCCAACUCCUGGCGUGAUCAAUAUUCCGUCAAAUCCAACUACUCCAAUCUCUGUUCAAAAGCCUGGAAUAAUUAAUAUUCCCUCGGUACCACAACCCACAACUCCAAUAUCUCAACAUCCGAUUCAGAAUGUCCAAUAUGAGACCUCAAGACCACAACCUACUCCAGGAGUGGUCAACAUACCAUCCGUGCCACAACCGACUUAUCCAACCCAAUCACCGAUACCGGGAAUUAUUAACAUUCCUUCGUUGCCCCAGCCUGUGCCUUCAUCAACUCCUGGAGUCAUCAAUGUACCCUCACAACCAUCUCAGCCGGUACCAACACAAAGACCUGGAAUUGUCAACAUCCCCUCGGUACCGCAACCUAUACCCUCAAAUCCGCAAAGUCCUAUACAAGAGGUCCAUUAUGAUACUCAGAGACCACAACCCAUUCCUGGCGUGGUUAACGUUCCAUCCGUACCGCAGCCAACUCCAGCUCGUCCCAACUAUGUGGCAAAGCCCGUUUUCGAGUUUAAUCCGUGCUAUCCAUCGCCUUGUGGGCCCUACUCGCAUUGUCACAAUAGAUUUGGAGUGGCUGCUUGCGUUUGCCUGCCAAACUACAGAGGAACUCCACCCAAUUGCAGGCCUGAGUGCGUUAUAAACUCGGAUUGCCCAUCAGCUUUGGCCUGUAUCAACGAAAAGUGUCGCGAUCCUUGCCCAGGGUCUUGUGCUUACAACGCAGUGUGCCGUGUCCACGAUCAUGUGCCGAACUGCUUCUGCCAAACUGGCUACACCGGAAAUCCAUUUGUUUCAUGUCAACCCACACCGAUAGUCCCUAUUCAACGUGAGCCCGUUGAGGUGAAGGAUCCAUGUUAUCCAUCGAUAUGCGGACCUAACGCUGUGUGCAAUAAUGGAAAGUGCAGUUGCAUACCGGAGUAUCAUGGAGAUCCCUAUGUUGGCUGUCGACCGGAGUGUGUUCUGAAUACGGACUGUGCCAGGGAUAAGGCUUGCAUCCGUCAGAAGUGCCAGGAUCCUUGUCCAGGCACUUGUGGAAUAAAUGCCUUAUGCCAUGUGUACAAUCACGUAGCCACCUGUACAUGUCCUGAGCGAAUGCAGGGCGAUGCCUUUGUGAGAUGUGACCCGAUACCCAAGCCCAAACCCGCUGUCCCAGCACCACCUACGACUUUGCCUGCUCUCGUUCCGCAACGCACUCCGAUAAAUCCCUGCCAGCCAUCGCCUUGUGGACCUAAUGCCCAGUGCCGAUCUUAUCAUGAGCAGGCGAUUUGCUACUGCUUGCCCGAUUUUAUUGGAACUCCACCAGCUUGUCGUCCGGAGUGUACUUCGAACUCAGACUGCCCCCUCGACAAAUACUGUCUUAAUCUUAGGUGUCGUGAUCCGUGUCCGGGAGCUUGUGGCAUUCGUUCCAUUUGCCAUGUGCAGAACCAUAGUCCCUUGUGCGUUUGCCCACCCCAUCUGACGGGUAAUCCGUUGCUGGCUUGCCAACCAAUAGGUAUACCAGAAAACGCCCCAGAAUCCGAACACGUUGCUAAUAACAAUAUUUUAGUUAUUCCCCCUGUAGAACGCGAUGAAGUGAAUCCCUGCCAACCCUCACCUUGCGGCCCGAACUCCGAGUGUCAAGUGGAGUCUGGUGGAGCUCGCUGCUCCUGCCGGCCCCAGUACCAUGGCACUCCACCAUUCUGUCGGCCGGAGUGUGUAAACAGCGCCGAUUGUCCGGCGGACAAAGCAUGCAGAAAUUACAAGUGCAUUGAUCCCUGCCCCGGCAGCUGUGGACAAUCUGCUCUUUGUCGAGUGGUGGCCCACAGUCCACUGUGCUACUGCCCCGAAGGCUAUGUAGGCAAUGCCUACAGCUUUUGCACACGACUCGAGCCGAGUCCACCUGCCGUGGUGAUCCUGCCUUGCAGUCCCAAUCCCUGUGGAGUCAACGCUCUUUGUCAGCCCCAGAACGACUUGAGCGUUUGCCAGUGUCUGCCAGGUUACUAUGGCAAUCCGUCUGAGAUCUGCCGACCCGAAUGCACCGUCAACUCGGACUGUCCAAGCCACAGGGCUUGCAUGAGCGAAAAGUGUCGCGAUCCCUGUCCCGGGGUUUGUGGAAUCAAUGCCCUCUGUCAGGUCAUUAACCAUAACCCCGUUUGCGAAUGCCACCCGGGUUAUGUGGGAAAUCCCUACCAUAGCUGUCGAAUUCCGCAGCAUGAACCCCCCGCACCGGAGUAUGUGAAUCCCUGUCAGCCGUCGCCCUGCGGCGCCAAUUCCCAGUGUCGCGAGUCCCAGGGACAGGCCAUCUGCUCCUGCCUGCCAGAGUUUGUGGGCACACCGCCAUCUUGUCGUCCGGAGUGUGUGAUCAGUGCCGAGUGUCCGGCGGACAGGGCGUGCAUCAACCAAAAGUGCCAGGAUCCUUGUCCCGGAGCUUGCGGCUUGAAUGCCCAGUGCCAUGUGCGCAACCACAGUCCGUUGUGCUCGUGUCAGCCCGGAUUCACCGGAGAUGCUCUGACCCGCUGUCUGCCCGUUCCGCCUCCGAAACCACCGAAGUCUAAUGACAUCAGCGAUCCUUGUGUGCCAUCACCCUGUGGACCGUACUCUCAAUGUCGGGUGGCUAAUGGCGGAGCUAGUUGCAGCUGUCUUCCCAAUUAUGUGGGAGCGGCGCCCUACUGCCGACCGGAGUGCACCAUCAAUGCGGAGUGUCCCAGCAAUCUGGCCUGCAUCAACGAGAAGUGCCGCGAUCCUUGUCCGGGAGCCUGUGGCUUUGCCGCCCAGUGUAAUGUCAUCAAUCAUACUCCCAGUUGCGCGUGUCCCGCUGGUUUUACCGGAGAUCCGUUCACCAGCUGUCGACUUCUGCCACCACCACCGCCCCCUAAAAGUAUGCCCGACCAUUUUCUUAAAUCCCAAGAAAAUUCCCCUAAGUUAGGCCCUAUUUCUCUUGCAGCUAUCCCCGAUCCCUGUCAGCCAUCACCUUGCGGAGCUAAUGCUCUGUGUAACAAUGGUCAGUGCUCUUGCCUGCCGGAGUAUCAGGGUGAUCCCUACACCGGAUGCCGUCCCGAGUGCGUUUUGAACUCGGAUUGUCCCAGGAAUAGAGCGUGUGUGAACCAGAAGUGCGUCGAUCCUUGUCCAGGACACUGUGCAGCCAAUGCCCUCUGCGAUGCUGUUAACCACAUCGCCAUGUGUCACUGUCCCGAGCGGAUGACUGGCAAUGCGUUUGUCUCAUGCUUGCCAAUCCGCGAUGAUCCUCCACCACCGACGCCCAAUCCCUGCCAGCCCUCGCCGUGCGGCUCCAAUGCCCAGUGCCAGGAGAGGAAUGGCAAUGCCAUCUGCUCCUGCCUGGCCGGAUACUUCGGUCAGCCGCCAAAUUGCCGACUGGAGUGCUACUCCAGCUCCGAUUGCGCCCAAGUGCACACCUGCAUCAACAACAAGUGCGUGGACCCGUGUCCGGGCAAAUGUGGCCUGAAUGCCGUGUGCCAAGCGAUUCAGCAUAGGGCACAUUGCGAGUGCAUCCCGAGACACACUGGAAAUGCCUAUGUUCUGUGCAAUCCCAUUCCCAGGUUACCCGAAAUAGUUCGCGAUCCUUGUCAGCCUUCGCCGUGUGGUCCCAACUCCCAGUGCAGAAAUGUGAACGACCAAGCGGAGUGCCGCUGUCUGCCGGAGUUCCAGGGAACACCACCGAACUGUCGACCUGAGUGUGAUAGCCACGAUGAAUGUGCCAAUACCCUGGCCUGCAUGAAUCAAAAGUGUCGCGAUCCCUGUCCCGGAAGCUGUGGCCAAAGUGCCCAGUGUACGGUCAGCCUUCACACACCCAACUGUCAGUGCCCCGUAGGCAUGACUGGUGAUCCGUUCCGACUUUGCCGACCCAUUCCACGUGAUGAACCCAAGCCCAUACCGACUCCUAAGAAUCCUUGCUACCCGUCGCCAUGCGGCACAAAUGCCGUGUGUCGCGUCCAAGGCGAGAACUUCGUUUGCGAGUGCAGCCAACUGGAGUACAUCGGCAAUCCCUACGAGGGAUGUCGCCCCGAAUGCGUGGGUAAUUCCGAGUGUCCGGCGAAUCAAGCCUGCAUCCGCAGCAAGUGCCAGGAUCCUUGUCCGGGAGUCUGUGGUCUGGAGGCCAUUUGCACCAUGAACAACCAUAUACCGAUCUGCUCCUGUCCGCCGGGAUACACUGGCAACGCGUUUGCCCAGUGUACCCGUCAGCUGACUCCACCUCCUCCCUCGGAACCUUGCUAUCCAUCGCCCUGUGGACCCAAUUCCCUUUGCCGAGUUCAGAACGAGAAGGCGGUGUGCGAGUGCUUGCCCGGAUUCUUUGGUAAUCCGCAGACACAGGGCUGUCGCCCGGAGUGCACACUCAGCUCGGAUUGCGCCAAGGAUCGAGCCUGCAUCAACUCCAAGUGCGUGGAUGCCUGCGUGGGAGAGUGUGGAUUCGGAGCUGUUUGCCAAACGAUCAACCACAGCCCGGUGUGCAGUUGUCCGGCCAAUAUGGUUGGCAAUCCGUUCGUCCAGUGCGAGGAACCACGCCAGAUUGAGGUUGUCGAUCCGUGCCAGCCGUCUCCAUGCCGCAGCAAUGGAAUCUGCCGCGUUUACAACGGAGCCGCCACCUGCAGUUAUCCGGAGUGCGUGAUCAACGAGGACUGUUCCCGGGACAGAGCCUGUGUCAGCCAGAAGUGCCGCGACCCGUGUCUGAAUGCCUGCGGCAUCAACGCGAUCUGUCGGGCCAUCAACCACAAGGCUGUGUGCAGCUGUCCGCCGGAGUUCUACGGUUCCCCGUACGCCCAGUGUCUGAAGCAAAUACAGGAGGAACCGCCCAAGCCAGAGUGCAUCAGCGAUGGAGAAUGCACCAAUGACAAGGCCUGCAUCAACCAGGUUUGCCGCAAUCCUUGCGAGCAAUCGAACCUAUGCGCCCAACAGGCGCGCUGCCAUGUCCAGCUCCACCGGCCACUGUGUGUCUGCAAUGAGGGAUACACCGGGAACGCCUUGCAGAACUGCUACCUUCUAGGCUGCCGAUCUGACGGAGAAUGUGCCGCCAAUGAGGCCUGCGUUAACCAGCAGUGUGUGGAUCCUUGCGGAUUCACGCAGUGUGGAACGGGAGCCAUCUGUCGAGCUGACUUCAAUCACCGUGCCAGGUGCCAUUGUCUGGACGGAUACCGCGGUAAUCCUCUGGUGCGUUGCGAACGUCCAGAGUGUAGCUCGGACGACGAAUGCGCCUUCCACCUGGCCUGCCGAAAUGAACGAUGCGAGGAUCCGUGCAACUGCGGCCUUGGAGCCCAGUGCCGCGUAGAAAACCAUCGUGCUCAAUGCCGCUGUCCAGCCGGUUUCAGUGGAAAUCCGGCCGUAAGAUGUGACCUAGUGCCAACACAACCAGAGGGCUGCACCAUGGAUGCCGAGUGUCCUAGCAAACUGGCCUGCUUCGGCGGCGAGUGCAAGAACCCGUGCGAUGUCACGCAUCCAUGUGGCGCCAAUGCCAUCUGCGAAGUGGUGGACACCCUGCCCCUGCGGACCAUGAUGUGCAGCUGUAUUCGUGGUUAUGUGGGUGAGGCCGACAUUGGAUGUCACAAAGAACCCCCGCGUGAUCAAGGCUGUACGUCGCAUGAUCAGUGCCAGGAUACGGAAGCCUGUCGUGGCGGAAACUGUGUUAAUCCGUGCCUGGAUUCCUCGCCUUGUGCCCGUACUGCCCAGUGUUUGGCUCAACAACAUCGUGCCAUUUGCAGCUGCCCUGAAAGAACUCAGGGAGAUCCAUUCACCAACUGCUACGAGCCACCUGAAAUCAAGACUGGCUGCACGCACGAUUCGGAGUGUGAGCCCAACACGGCCUGCAUCAAUAAACGCUGCCAGAAUCCUUGUGCCGAGGCCAAUCCUUGUGCCGGAAAUGCUGAGUGUCGCGUGCAGAACUCCCGUCCGAUUUGCUACUGUCCAGCUGGUUGGGGUGGUGAUCCACAAGUUCAAUGCUACAAACCCGAGUGCAAGAUCAAUGCUGACUGCCCGUAUGACAAGACCUGCUUGAAUGAGAACUGUGUUGAUCCCUGCACCCACGGACAAGUGCGCUGCGGCAGUGGAGCUCAGUGCCUGGCCCAGAACCACCAGGCUGUGUGCAUCUGUCCCACGGGAACACAGGGCAAUCCCUUCAUCUCCUGCAUCACCGGACAUUGUCAGUACAAUGAGGAUUGUGCGGAUCACGAGGCCUGCGAUCGAUUAAAUCGCGUAUGCCGACCUGUUUGCGAUCAGGAGACCUGUGCUCUCAAUGCCAUCUGUGUGGGUCGUCGCCAUCAGCCGCAGUGCGAGUGCCGACCCGGAUACCAGGGCAAUCCGCACGUGCAGUGCGAUAUACCAGUGAAGACUCCCAAGCCUCAAUGCACCCAGGAUGCCGAUUGUCCAUCCAAAUUGGCCUGCAUCAAUGAACGUUGUGCAGAUCCUUGUGCCACUCCCCAUGUUUGCACUUCGCAACAGACUUGCACGGUUUUGGACACCUUGCCAAAGCGUGCCAUGGCCUGCAAGUGUCCCGGGGAUACGGUGACGGACAUCUCCCGCAACUGCGUGCCCAUCAAUGUUCCCAAGGUCGUCACCGGCUGUCAGCACAACUCAGAGUGUGCCAAUCCCGAGGUCUGCUCGAAUGGAAAUUGCCUGGAUGCCUGUCGACUGGAGAGAUGUGGCGUAAAUGCCCAGUGUACAGCUAGGGAUCACUAUGCCCAGUGCAAUUGCCCCAAGGGCUACCAAGGUAACGCUCGCAUCGAAUGCUACACGACGGAAGUGGAUAGGCCAAGGAUUCCCAAUCCGGGCUGCUCCCGCAACGACGAUUGUCCUAGAGAUCAGAUCUGUCGCAACGAGAUCUGCGAGAGUCCCUGUGCCUCGGAUGCCUGUGGAAUCGGCGCAUACUGUCAUGUGCAGCAGCGCAAGGCUAUCUGCCGCUGUCCACCUGGCUAUUCCGGCAACCCACAAGAACGCUGCCUGCCACCUUCCGAUGUGAUAACCGUGGGCUGCAAGUCCAGCACCGACUGCCCCGCGACCGAGGCCUGCAUCAACACCCAGUGCGCGAGUCCUUGCAACUGCGGACCUAAUGCCGAGUGCACAGUGAAGAACCACCAUCCAAUCUGUUACUGCAAGCCUGGAUUCUCUGGAAACGCCCAGUUUGGAUGCUCGCCGAUUGGCUGCCAGUCGGAUGACGAGUGCAGCGGAGACAAGCAGUGCCUGAACCGUGAGUGCAUCAAUCCCUGCCUGGCAAGUGAUCCAUGUGCCCUGAAUGCCGAGUGCUUCGGACGCAACCAUCGUGCCAAUUGCCGCUGUCCCGUGGGAUUGGAGGGUGAUCCGUUUGUGCGUUGCCUGCGAUUGGAAUGCCACUCUGACUAUGACUGCGCCUCGAACCUGGCAUGCGUCUCCAACGAAUGUGUGAGCCCAUGUGGUCAGAGGAAUCCCUGUGCCCAGAAUGCCAUCUGCCAGGCGCUUCAGCAUCGCGCUGUUUGCCGUUGUCCGGACCAACUGCCCUUGGGUAACCCGUACGGCUACUGUGAACCCAGACCUGUGGAGCCAGUGUGCCGAGAUGAUGGAGAUUGCCCCAGUGGGCUGGCCUGCAUCGACGACAAGUGCCAGAACCCAUGUACUGUGCUCUCGCCCUGCCACCCAACUGCCCAGUGCAGUGCCCUAGAUAGCGUUCCGGUGAGAACCAUGGUCUGUGAGUGUGCGGAAUACGAGGUGCCCGAUGCCAGUGGAGCGUGCCGCAAGCUGGUGCCCCCUAGACAACCAGGCUGCGAGAGCGACCAGGACUGUCCCGACCAGGAGGCCUGCAUCCACGCCCAGUGCCGCAACCCGUGCAACUGCGGAACCAACGCCGUCUGCCAGGUGACCCAACAUCGCGCCGUGUGCAGCUGCCAGGAUGGAUUCGAGGGCAAUCCCUAUGCCUCAUGCCGCUCCAUCGGAUGCCGCGUGGAUGGAGAGUGCGAUUCGGGCAAGGCCUGCGUCAAUGGCGACUGCAUCAACCCGUGCCUGAUUAACGAUCCCUGUGGACCCAAUGCCGAGUGCUAUGUGCAAUCGAACCGGGCGCAGUGCCGCUGCCUGAGUGGCUAUCGAGGCAAUGCCUAUGAACGUUGUCGCGUCAUCGGAUGCAGCAGCAACAACGACUGUCCCACGGACAAGACCUGCCAGAACGAGCAGUGCGUGAAUCCCUGCGUAUACCACAAUCCUUGUGCCCCUCGUGCCGAGUGCAGGGCGCAGAAUCAUCUUGCCGUUUGCCGUUGUCCAGCCGAUUUCCUCGGAAAUCCAUAUGUGGACUGCCGACCGCCGCCGCAACCCAUCUGCCAGUUGGAUACCGAUUGUCCUGGCCGCCAGGCCUGCAUAAACGAACAAUGUGUGGAUCCCUGCCUGGUGCUGGAACCAUGCCAACGACCUGCCCUCUGCGAGGUGACUCCCACAUCCCCGGUGCGCACGAUGCUCUGCAUCUGUCCGGAUGGCUACGUCAGCCAAGGAAAGGGAGGCUGCAAACCUUCUCAGGGAGUCAAGGACGUUGGAGGAUGCAUCUCGGACUCAGACUGUCCAGCGGAUAAGUCCUGCCUGAAUAGUGUCUGCCGAAAUCCGUGCAACUGCGGUUUGAAUGCCGAGUGCCGAAUUAAGGAUCACAAGCCUGUGUGCACAUGUCGCCAAGGUUUCGAAGGAAAUGCAGAGUUCGAGUGCACCAAGAUCGAGUGCAGCAUUAACUCCGACUGCCCGGGAACCCAUCUGUGCCGUAAUCAGCUUUGCAUCCCUGCCUGCCAGGGUGAACAGUGCGGAUCGAAUGCACAGUGCUUAGCCAUUGAGCAUCGUGCGGUAUGCGAAUGCAUCCCAGGACAUGGCGGAAAUGCCAGGAUUGCUUGUACUCCAUUGGGAUGCCGCUCUGACGACGAAUGUCCCACGGACAAGGCGUGCGUCAACGGAAAGUGCAACAAUCCUUGCACAACGACUGCGAUUUGUGCCCAGGACGAGCUGUGCAAGGUGUACCAGCACCGACCACAGUGUGCCUGCCCACCAGGAACCGUGCCCGGAAGAAACGGCUGUGAGUCGGAGCGCCAGGUGCCCAUUUGCAUCAGCGAUGCGGAUUGUCCCAGUCAGCGGGCCUGCUUGCGGGGCGAAUGUGUAAAUCCCUGCAAUGCCACCCAGCCGUGCGGAGUCAAUGCCUUCUGCAGCGUCCGAGACACUUUGCCCGUGAGGACCAUGAUCUGCGAGUGCCUUGAGGGGUACACCGGCAACCCAGCCGUGCAGUGCGACAAGCGAUCGCUGUGCGUCAUCGAGAAGGGCUUCGUGCGGGAUGUGGACGGACAAUGUGUCUGUCCACCUGGAACCGCUUUGGACAUCUACGAAUACUGCACCCCAUGCCGAGAGGAGCAGGGCUUCCGCAUCGACGAGAGCGGUCACUGUGUGUGCGCCUUGGAGCGUGGAAUGGUGAUCGACGAGCGCGGUCGCUGCACUUGUCCCAUUGAGCUGGGCUACCGCCUUACUCCCCGUGGCGAAUGCCAACCGGAGGAGCCGCCAGAGUGCACGAGCAACGAUCAGUGCGCCGAUAACCGAUUCUGCAACCUGGACACCAAGACCUGCGAGGAUCCCUGCCUGACCAAGGUGUGUGGAGUGAAUGCCUUCUGUAACGCGGUGAAUCACCGAGCCCAGUGCCAGUGCAUUACUGGCUACACGGGCAACCCGGAGCUGCAUUGCAACCACACCAACUUCCGCACCGAUUUCCCACGACCCGAUAUGGUGGUCAGUUGUCUUGCUGAUGGCGUCCAAGUAGAGAUCCACAUCACGGAACCAGGAUUCAAUGGAGUUCUGUACGUGAAGGGCCACAGCAAGGACGAGGAGUGCCGGCGGGUGGUCAACCUGGCUGGGGAGACUGUUCCCCGUACCGAGAUCUUCCGCGUCCACUUCGGCAGCUGCGGCAUGCAGGCGGUGAAGGAUGUGGCCAGCUUCGUACUGGUCAUCCAGAAGCAUCCCAAACUGGUUACCUACAAGGCCCAGGCGUACAACAUCAAGUGUGUGUACCAGACUGGCGAGAAGAAUGUAACCUUAGGAUUUAACGUAUCCAUGCUGACGACGGCCGGAACAAUUGCCAACACAGGACCACCGCCCAUCUGCCAGAUGCGCAUCAUUACCAACGAGGGCGAGGAGAUCAAUUCGGCCGAGAUCGGCGACAAUCUCAAACUGCAAGUGGAUGUUGAGCCAGCCACCAUUUAUGGAGGAUUUGCCCGCUCUUGCAUUGCCAAAACGAUGGAGGACAAUGUGCAGAACGAAUAUCUGGUCACGGAUGAAAAUGGCUGUGCCACGGAUACCAGUAUUUUCGGAAACUGGGAGUACAAUCCGGAUACAAACAGCCUGUUGGCCAGUUUCAAUGCCUUUAAAUUCCCAUCGAGCGACAACAUCCGCUUCCAGUGCAACAUACGAGUCUGCUUUGGACGCUGCCAGCCUGUCAACUGUGGUGGCUACAACGCCUUCGGGCGACGUCGCCGCGCCAUUGCGGACAACUCCACCGAUACGACCGCCAUUGCCACGAAUUCGGGUGUGGAGGGUCAACUGCGCGAGGAAAUCACCAUUUCUUCGAAUGCCAUUCUGACAUUCGAGAAGCGUAGCGGUCAAGGUCUGAAUGAUGCCAACAUCAAACCGGCGGCUCAGAGAGUCGAGGAUAUUUGCGUGUCGAUGGUGGGUCUGAUCAUUGCCCUGGUCAUCACGGCUCUGCUGGCUCUUGUAGCAGUGGCCGUGGCUGUUUCCUGCUGGCUGAUGGCCUAUAGGAGGAGGCCCAAGACCAUUGCGCCCCUGCCACAUCCGCCAGAGUUCCCCAACCCGCUGUUCGCCAAUCCCGACGCUGUCCCCGAGCCAACGCCGGAUUACAUCUCCUAAACGUAACGUAACGAUACACUGACAUAACAAACAUCCCUAGCUAUAUCUUUAGUCUAUAAGAAAAACGAAUGAAUAUGAAAAUUAUGUGAAUAUUUGAAAGGCAAGUGCAAAAAGUUCCGCAAAAAUGCAAAACAUAAGAUCGCGAAAGAUAAACAAGAUUGAAGAAAAGAAAAGAAAAACAAAAGUACAUUUGUGAGCUGAAAGUAUAUUCGACAAUGUCGGCCGUAAAACGAAACUAUGAAAGAUUGAAUUAUUGAAUUAUUGUAAAAAGCUAAAAAUGAAGCGAGAAUCGCAUGAACAAUGCAUGAAAGUAAUUUAGUAGCAUUGUAAGAAAAUAAUUUUAUUAAUUGUAUUAACGUUUAGUAUUCUCCUUCCUACUAACAUGAGAAUUCCGCGUAGUGUUUGUACGUUUAGCUGCCACAUAGGGUCCACAAACUGCCAAACAGAUGUGAGGGAAUUCACACAUAGAGAGUGCAGCUACAAACGAAUUCUCGUCCUUUAACGACAACUUCUUCAUUAGUCGCGUAUCAAUAUUAAUACUGUUAUAUAUUAAACUAAAGACUUCCUAUAAAUAUUUAGGGUGUGGGUAGUAGCAACGACACUUUGUAUUAUAGCACAGACACACGCACACGCAACUGCAACUACUUCCUGUAAUUUAGAACUCAACUCGCCCGUUAAAAUUGAAAACUGCCUUUAAUUUCCAACAAGACCGAACAAUGCACCCCAGAAUACUCUCUAGCAGUAUGUAAGAGAUCGUUGGGCCCCAUCGAUGGGACUUUAGUCCGCGUGCAUCAUCUAUAACCACUGGACAAUAUGCCAACGAUUGUCUCAGUUGGAUUGUACCCAAGCUCAGGAGUUAAAACACACACACACACACCGAAGAACAUAGAUACUCUAAACAGCUUAUAGCACGUGGGAACAGUCCCAGUCAGAUCCAGGCACCAACUCAAUCAGAAGAAGAGGGAACAGAACUUUAACUGCCACUGAGGCGUCAUCAGCGCACAAAAGAUACUUAUCUAUUGCAUAGGAAAUACUAGGUUUGUUUUAAUUUUAAUCGCAACAACGACUAAUGGAGGAUUUGAUUUUGACCACUGUCCCUCGACCACUUACUCGUACUACACUCUACUAUGAUUAACCAUUAUUUUUGUAGUUUUAUAGUCAAUUAAUAUUAAAUUGUUGUGAUUGUUUUUAAUGCAAAAGAGAUACUUCCACUAACUUACUAAUAUGUAGAGACAAAAGUAUAGAGAGUACUUAAAAAGGCAACGAACCAGCGCCCAACCCCACCCCCUUUCCUUCUCCAUGGGGAACAGCUUGCCACUGUCAACGCGCCGGAAACUAUGCAGCGAAUUUCCGUUUCCGGCGCCUGUUUUACAGAGCCUGUCUUUUCCUGAUGCGAUGAUAGCCGAAGGGGUUUGCGGGAUCGGGCCUGGAUAAAUAAAUUAUUAAAAAUGAAGUUUUAAAUUAAUAUUAUUAAACGUAAACAAAAUGUAUAGUCACUACUUUAAGAAGAAACAGAAUUUUCUUUAUAGUAAAAUACCAUACAAAAUAAACUCGCACUCAGACACGUACACAAAGAGACAGAAUUUGUAAAUAAUACACAGGCAAACUCUAUGGUAUUUUUAGUAGCGCAUUAUUGUGUAUAGGUUUCUACACGUUGACUCUCAAAUCCGAACUAAAUCACAGCCUAACCUUAACCAAUGCCAGGCAUAAAAUUAUUUUCUUAAUUCCAUAACCAUAGAAUACUUAAAGAAGUGCACAAAUUCAGCAACCGCCUCGUUCACAAUUACCAAACACUUUUAUUUUUCUUUACAAGAGCCGCUUAAAAAUCUGACCCUAACUAGAGUUACAAUGAACAUAGACAAAACUUUUUGCACUGGCAGCAAAUAUAAAAGAGAAAAUAAUAAAGAAUAAGAACCGAUCUUAUUGUAAAAAGAAAACAAUAGUUAAAUUGUACUUAUAAAGAAAUGUAUUUAAAAAGG